ACAGAAUACAGAAAGAAAAAGAAUAAAGUUUUUUAAAGUAUAACCAAAAAAGUAAAAACUAAAAAGAAACAUACCAAAUAAAACGGUUAAAAAGACAUUAAUUUUCCAUAACCUAUCUUCCCUAUACUUAUUUCCCCGGACCUCCUCAUACCUCCCUUUUUUGUAUUCCAGUUCAAUUUGUUAGUUCAGCAAAUCCUUACCAUUAAACUUUUACCCAAUUGCAAACCUUUUUUCAUAUCUCUUAAAGCAUUACAGCUAAAAACCUCUUAGUUUCUAUCCAACAUCCUUCUAAGAUUCCUUAAUUUUACAAUAUUUCUGUAAAUAGUCUUUAAAUUUCUUCCAGUCUUCUUUCACCGACUCUUCUCUCUGGUCUCGGAUUCUGCCAGUCAUUUCCGCCAGUUCCAUCCAAAAACUCUGUUUUUCUUUGUGUUUCACGCUCUGCCAGGGACUGCUCUUCACCACCUUCCAGGCUGUGCCAGUCUCUUCGUCGCCUUCCAUCCUCUGCCAGGGACUCCUUCUCUUCCUCUCCAAGCCAAAGUGGAGAGACCAUUUUUUGUGCCUCCCUGGGUCCGCACCAACCCGGACAACCCAUAGGUAUGCCCCUGAAUGGGGGAAUCUCAACUAAAGCACCCACAGCAGAUUCACAGCUGUCAGCUUUCAGAUUUGAAAAUAAGGGAUCGAAAAUAAGGGAUCAGCAGGCUCACUUGUCCCAGGGACCGUCUACGGGAUAUCUAACAAUCCGGGAUAGCAGUGGGAAACGGCACUGGAAUAAGGGAAUUUCCAACCGUAAAAGGGAAGAUUGACAGCUAUGAGCAGAUUGCCACCCAACCUUUGCUUUAAAACAUCCAUCACAGAAAAUAGAUUGCUGCAUUUCAUGGAAGUUUCCAAACUUACCUAGGGAAUAAGCUUCAUCAAUAUGGCUUCCACAUAGGGUAAACUGAUAGGAAAAGAGUCGCCUGAUAAAUUUAUUAUCUCUUUCUUUUUAUCAGGAGUAUGUCCAGACAUGGGCCUGUUCUACACAAAAUGCUGUUAAGGGCACAGAGCAUCAAGGUCACUCGAGUCUUGUUGUCUGGGCAGCCAAGGUCCUCCAUACACACUGCCCAGGCUAUCGCCCUGGAGAGGUCACUUCGGUGCUACGAAUGCAGCAAACCAAGGCCACAUACGCAGAAAAGCAUCCCAGCAAUUUUAUGUUGCAAGAUUUACCCUUCUCCCAGUACAGAGCCCAUCUGCCACUAGCUGGUCAGUAAGACCAGCUUCCUUUGCCACCUCAUCUUCCACCGGCUGUGUACAUAUAAUUAUUGUGGGGAGGAGCUACCGUUAGAUAAAAUAUAGUCGAUAUGAGGGGCAGGUGUCUUACAGCUGCAACCAAAUAUAUAUAUAUAUAUAUAUAUAUAUAUAUAUAUAUAUAUAUAUAUAUAUAUAUAUAUAUAUAUAUAAAUAAUGUUCCUACAGCUUAAUUCUAAGUGUUGGACUGCAGUACUGGAAUACAGUAGAGUAAUUAUUAUUUUCUUGUGAACUGAUAUUUGAAUAAUGCCUUUCGUUUAGCUCAGUAUCUCUUGGCCAGAUAGAGCAUAAGAACCAAGAAACUAACCAUACCAUAGGUUCCAAGAAGUGAACUGAACAAUGGUAAACAAACCAUUAUGUUGCUAUUGUUACAUAAAUGUCCAUAGUUAUCUUAGCCUUGAGAAGGCUUCUAGAUGUCAAAACAUGUGUGGGGUUUUCUGCUCACAGUGGCUUUUGCUGCCUUAAAUAAGAACAUUUAACAUAAGCAGUAAGUUAUAUAUUAUAACUUAUAUUUCAGCAAUAUUGCUUGAAACUUGACCUUUUGCCUAAUAAAAUAUAUGUGCAUAAUUUAUUUAUGUAAAUUUAUGUAAAUUAUCUUAUUUCACUAUAGGAACAAACUUCGUUGCAAAGAACCUACUGGAUUUGAUAUACCAUCAUCUUCUAUAUUGUCUUUUAGAGUCUUGCCCGUGACAAUUUCCUCACACCUCUUUCACAUCUGUCACUAGCUGCCUUAUUUUUCACUUGUAAGUUAACUCAGGGCCUGGGACUCCAUCUAAUUAACUAAUCUUCUCCUCUGACCCUUAAAAGGCCAUAAGCAGCUUUUCCAAGCAAAGCGGGUGAGCCCUCGGGCAUGUGCAGUUUCAUUCUAAAAUGUCUGCCUUUUUUAAACCGCACACAUAUAAUUCUUCAUGACUGUUGUACAAACUCACAUUUAUUUUUAGAAAGGGUUCCUCUGUCUUUUUUAAUGUUUUGAGAAAUGGUUGUGUUACUACUUCUUAAAAGGCAAGUUAGCAGUUCCCAAAACUCAAGAGAAAGAGGGUUACUUAAUAAAUAAGAGAAAUAUCAUCCCAUGUGUUAAAAUGUUCGUGGAAAUGUGAACUUUUCUAUUGGUUGCAGCUGAGCAUAUUUACCAAUGUGAAUUCAGAAAACUGACAGCUUAAUUUUACAGUUCCUAUUUAGCAAGAUGCCAUGUGUAUCAUUUUCUGGUGGAUGCACACCGAAAAAAAUGAAAAGAAAACAAGACUAGUUAAUUAUUUUCUGAACACUUUCCUUGCUUUCUCUGAAGUAGAACAUGGCAAAUUAAGCACCAUUCUGACACUGGACUGAUUAUUUGGGAAGGCCCUGGGCUUGUUUAAAUAAAAUCUAGUAUUUUUAGGUGAGAAAAAGGUAUGUAGAGCACAGCAGAAAACAAAUAAAAUCCAAACCUUUUGUAAAUAUCUAUUAAUUACGGUUACAGAAACUGGGUUACUACCAUGUCUUUGCAUGGAGGACAGAUAUGGAGGUGGGACCAGAGCAACCAUUAGGCAGAUUGAGGCUUCUGCCUCGGCUGGCAAAAGCCUCCAAGUUGGCGCCCCAAUGGCCGCCCUGCCUGCUCUGUUGGCAUAUGAUCUUUCGGGCUUGAUCUUUCAAAACACAUGAGAUCUCACCCAAAAUCGAUGCCGGUGCUACUUCUCCGCAUAGCUGUCAACUUACAGAUUUGAAAAUAAGGGACCAGCAGCCUCAAAAAUAAGGGAUCAGCAGCCAAAAUAAGGGAUUUUAGUCAACCAGCAGCCAAACGAAGCCUCAAGCAGUGGCUCCCACAGCGCAGCAACCCUGCAAAGGGGAUGCAGCAAGGAAAACCACCGUCACCUCUCCGCUGGGAAGCACUGAGCAAAGGUGAGUCCCCAGGCAACGUGGCCGAUUUUAUUGGCACAAGGCAUGCAAGCUCCACCCCCCAGUCAUUCUUAGACUCCUUAUUAGGUGAGCAACACAGCCAAGCAACACAGUUGGAGCCUCCCUCCUCCUUGGCCAUCAGGGAGGGAGGGAGGGAGGGAGAGGAGCUGCUUCCUUUGAAACCCGGGAAAUUUACGGGACAUCAUCAGUCCGGGACAGCAGCGGGAAACGGCACUGGGAUAAGGGAGUUUCCCGCCAAAUAAGGGACGGUUGACAGCUAUGCUUCUCCGCAGGUGGCUGGGUGGUAUAGGUGGCAGCAGCAGUGACAGGGCAGGGCAUUUCGCCUCUAGCGGUGAAACGGCAAACACCACCACUAGGAGGAACACUGCAACAGCUAUAUAACAAGCACUCUGUGUGCAGUGAGGAAUCAUAGGGAAAGACGAAUGCUCAGCAUGUACCGUCCCUAGUUAGUGAUGGGGCCUAGCAUUUCUGCUUUCCUGCUUAGCAGCAGAUACUGCUAUUUUAUACUAAUCUAUUCCUGUUCCAAAGCAGGAGUAGGCUGUGUGCAAGGCCCAGGCUACUGAAUUCCUGAAUUGUAUGGAUGAAGGUGGUUUGAAUGAAAAAGCAGCAAAAAUUGUGGGCUCUUAUUGCUUAUCUUGUUACAACUCCAGGUUUAAAUUUGAAUUAAUACAACUUCAAAGCUAUUGCAAUUAACUAGAGAGCAGUUAAUUUUUGCUAUUCUCCCCCACUUCCCUGAAGCAUUGUGUGGGCUUAGCAUCUCAAUAAUGCAUGCAUAUGUGAGCUUAAUAGGUAGCCCAGGAAAUAGAUGGGGGGUGAGAAAUGUCUUUGGAAUAUUCUAUAGAGAAUUUUUAUCAUAAUCUACAGCACAAUUCUAACCAUAUCUACCCAGAAGUAAGUUCAACUGAAUCCAGUUGGGCUUGCUUCUGGGUAAGUGGGGUUAGGGUUGGAGUCUUAGGCUUUUUUCUUAUGGGAUAUUCUUUUGAAUCAAUCUAGUAGGUGAACAACUUUUAAAAUACUGUGAAGUGUUUUUCUUUUGAAAAUCAGCCUGCUUUAAUAGGGUGUUUGACCUGGGAACAAUGACAAACGUUGUGGCAUAUGUCUGAAGAAUGUUACAGGACAUUGUAUUCAAAUUUGGAGGAUGUUUAUAUUUGCGAUCUUACCUAAGUGGUAAAUAUCAAGAAGCAUUUGGGUGACUAUUUUGUUCUUUUGUUUCCCUUGGGUAAGGACAUGUUUACAUAUGCAUGUUUAUAGCUGAUGAUUGUGGCAACAAAUGAUCAUCACAAUUCAGACAGAAACUUUGACUAACUUGUGUCAGCUCCAACAGAACGUUUUUCAGUUAAAUUUGUUUUAGCAGGUGUAAAGUAGCCAGACCCUCAAAAUGUUAUUCAAGUUAAUAGAGAAAUACGAGCUGAGAAAUAGGAGACCCUUUAGUGUUAUUAAUUUGUCUAUUGCUAUUCAUAGAAUCAUAGAUUUGGAGGGGCUCCCAAGGGCCAUCUAGUCCAACCCCCUGCAAUGCAGGAAUCUCAAUUAACACAUCCAUUACAGAUGGCCAUCCAAGCUCUGCUUAAAAACCUCCAAGGAAGGAGAGUCCCCCACUUUCUGAGGAGUCCGUUCCACUGUUGAACAGCUCUUACCAUCAUAAAGUUACAGUGGUACCUCUGGUUACGUGCUUAAUUCAUUCUGCAGGUCCGUACUUAACCUGAAACUGUUCUUAACCUGAAGCACCACUUUAGCUAAUGGGGCCUCCUGCUGCUGCCGCGCCACCGGAGCACGAUUUCUGUUCUCAUCCUAUAGCAAAGUUCUUAACCUGAAGCACUAUUUCUGGGUUAGCGGAGUCUGUAACCUGAAACGUAUGUAACCUGAAGCAUAUGUAACCCGAAGUACCACUGUAUUCCUGAUGCUUAGAAUCUCAUUUCUUUCACUGUUGCCACUUUAUCUGCAAAAGAGCAAGCCUGUUAAGUAAAAUCUUGAUUGUUUGCUGUCACAUUCUCUGAAUCUGUCUACAGUCAACAAUAGAUGUUUUCCAUGGGGGGGGGGAAAUCAAAACCACAUUCCAAAAUAAUUUUCAGUGUUAGUCUUCCCAAAUAAAUCUGAGAAGAAGAAAGGCCAUUGAGAGGCAAUGGUUUUAACAAGCAACCGUUUUUAUUUACAAUGAGGAAACAAUGUUGCUUCCAUAUUAUCUGUUUAAUCUGGAAUUGCUAUCUUCAUGCACUCACUUGUAAAGAAGAAUACAGGCAUUGUUCCCAACAUGUUGCAUAUCAUUGUUUUCUGUAUUGUCUUCCCAUCUUUUUUCAAGCCUAGUUUAAAAUGCAAUUGCAACACUAGUGUGGACUGGUGAAGUGUUAUGGUAGCUAUUUAGGGUUAUACUGUAGUGUGAUUAUCUAUAAACAUUCUCCCUAUGAUUUCUAUCCUGUAUUUGUUUCCUGUUGAGCAGGAAUAUAACAUUACCAUAUUGUCCCUUAUUUGGUAAGUUCCUGUUCCAAAAGGCAGAUGCUGGUUUCUUCACAUUAAUUUUUUUCUUCGCUUUGUAAAUUUUAAACACUAUCUAGCUAUCUUAACACAAAAACAAAAAAAUGGAAAACUAUGGAGAAUUUGAAUUGGCUAACAAAGAGCAAUUAUUUAGUAAUAUCGUGGUUGCUGAACAAGAAGUAAUUACAGGGGCAGAGAUCACAAAGAGGAAGCUUUUAAUUCUAGUUUUACAGAACCAUUACCAUUACAGAAAGUUUUACAGAACCAUCACUGAAUGGAAUAAACAUAAAAGGAUAUUGGCCAAGGCUGGGGAUUGGUGUUGUCAGAAAAUAUAUUUUUUUUCUUUAAUUUUUUUUUAUCAAUUUUCCAAAUUUAAAACAAACACACAAAAAGAAAAAAAAAACAUUACAGUAUUAGAACUAAAAACAAACAAACAUAUAAACACCUAACUGUUAAAGGCCCAAUUUAGUUUACAUUGUUAAGUGACUUCCUCAAAUCCCUCCUAACUGAAUUUCAAUAAAUCUCAUUGUAACAGUUUUCCAAUAUCUAUUUUCCAAUAAAAUUUACUUAUUCAAAUUUCCAUCUUCCUUCCUUUUCAUAAUAUUUUCAGUCCUUAAUGUUAUAAAAUUCAACAUAUUUUAAUCCUAGGCCAAUUUGGUACUUACAAGUGAUUCUACUUAUGUUAUAUUCAAAUAUCUAGCUAAAUAGUCCUUAAAUUUCUUCCACUCUUCUUGAUAUUCCUCCUCUUUCUGAUCGCGGAUUCUUCCAGUCAGGUCAGCCAGCUCCAAAAAGUCCAACAUCUUCAUCUGCCAUUCUUCCACUGUUGGAGAAAAUAUAGCAGUAUAUUAAGUUCCACAGGAAAUCAACUCUGGCUAGUUCAGCUCUGGCUGGUUCACCUGCUACGGCCCCUUUUGGGGCUGAGAUGACUAGGCCACUGUACCCCAGAUUGGAUUAUUGUAAUGCAUUCUAUUUGCAUUCUGUAACUUCCAGAUUAGAUUAUUGUAAUGCAUUCUAUGUGGCACUGCCCUUGAAGGUGACUCAGAAACUAGUCCACAAUGCAGUGGCCAGAAUAUUGGCUGGGGUUCUGUUCAGAGCUCAUAUAACCCACAUUUUAAACAGCUGCACUGGUUGCCAGCUCAUUCUUGGGCCCAAUUCAAGGUGCUUACGUUAUUGUUUAAGGCCCUAAGCAACUCAGGCCCCUAAUACCCCAAAUACUGCUCCUUCCCUACACAUCCUCUUGUGUAUUCCGAUCAGUGGAGGGAGCCUUCUUGGUUGUUCCACCACCCUUAGAAGCUUGGAGGGUGGCACCUUCUGUAUGCAGCUUUCAGCAAAUGUGCUUUAUAUGUGUAAUUUUAAGUUGUUUGUAAUAUUGUAUUUUAAUUAUUGUAGACUGCCCUAGGACUGUAAGGUGAAGAGCAGGUCAUAAAUUGUAAUAAUGUCGUAAUCAUAAUAAAUAUAUGAUAGGUAUACCUAAACUCUAAGAAGCCAGGAUUUCCAGCUGUGUCAAAGUAUUUGUUCAUUUACAGGUAGUAAUGGGAAAUAUAACCCCAGGGUUUAUAAUUCUGAAAAAGGCAAGUAUACCACUCCAAAUCUGAGACUACUGUUCAAAAGAUUUUACAGUGGAAACCCAUAUAUGCCUACUCAGAAGUAUGUCCCACUGAGUCCAAUUGAGUUUACUGCCAGAUAACUUGUGUAUAGUAUUGUUGCUUUAUUCAGUAUGGGUUGCUGUCCAGGAAAAGAGUUUUGAUCCCCCAAAACUGAGAAUACAGCUGCCCCCAAAUACUGUUUUUUUAAAAUGUAUGUUCACGAGGAAAUAGCAAGUGUGGAAAGAUUUUUUACUUUCUAAAUAUUGAGACAAAAAAAACCCAUAUUAAGUCUCAAAUUAAGCUUACAGGUAAAGGAGAGGAAGAAUAAUAGUUUAUUAAAGGAGGGCAUAGAACAUGCUUCCAGAUCAUGCUAUAGCAGGGCAUCUAUUUUUUUGAAAUUUAAUACUUCUGCAAUAGCCAGGUAUUUUUAUGCCUGGUCACAUUAUUUUUAUCUUUCUAUGUUUGAUGAGAACAUUGGGAAAACAGUAGUAUAGUGGGGGCAUUUUUAGUUUAUGAUCUUGGCGUUCUAUGUAAUGAUUGAAGCAGGUUCCAGAGUAAUGGAUGAGGGUCUGUAGUUCAUUUUUUAUGUUUCAAAGAAUAAGUUAUUGCUACAGUAAGUAGGCUGUCAGUGUAAUUAAAGAUGGCUUGUGAGCUUUGUGUAACCUUAACCAUUGAUUUAUGGAUGUAUAGUGCAUUAUGUAUAGAGAAUUCCAACUCCACCUUGUUCCUGGCAAAUAUAUGAAACCUACUGCAUGUGGUCAAAGAGAUGCAAUCCUAAAUUGGGACCUAGAGUUGUAUUCCAAUCUCUACGCAAACAAAGCAACUCUGGAUGAGUUUGGUAAAUCGCUACCUCUUUCGCUUUCUUAACCACACAUGAAAUAAGCAUAAUAGUUGCCACCCCUGCAUGGUUAUUUAUAAAAUAUAGUACAAUAGAACUGUUCUGUAAAUCAUAAUUUUAUCCAUCUAUAUUGUUGAAAGAAGGCUGUAAUUCUAAACACACUCCCUGGGGAGUAAAAACCCCAUUGAACACAAUGGGAUUUGCUUCCAAGUAAACAUUUAUUGGUGUGUGCUGUCACACUAAUUGCCUGAUGUUCAUUUGCAGCCCCAGGCUUUGGGCCAUAUGUGGGAACAGAAAAUACUUCCUGGCAUAUUCUCUGAGGAAAGGGGAUCACCUUGCCUACUCCAACCCUGUCUGCAGCCCCUUGCACCAUACUGUCCAUUGUGCCAAUAUUAUAUUGCCAGAGUGUCUAACAAAGCAGUAGGAAACAAAACAACAACAACAACAAAAUGAUGUGAAAGAAGACAGGUACAGUAUUUCAGUUCUAAGCCAUGUAGGACUUUAACCAUUAAGACAAGAGCUUUGAAUUGAGCAUGGUGCUUUACUGGGGGGCCCUGGAGUUUUUCAGUACAGCUGAGCUAUGGUGUCUUCAUGCUGUGAUUCUUUUUCUUUGCAGUAUUUUCCGUUCACUAGAGCAAGUGAUAUUCCACAAAUUUGCUGCUGCACUGUUGCAGUACCCAAACAAUUAGGUUGGUGUUUGUAUAUGUGUUUGCUUUGCAGUAGUUUGCCUCCUUCCCAUGAUUCAUUAGAACUAAAUCCAGGUCCCUUGAACUCCCUGUACUAUUAUCAUAACUAGAUAUUUAUUUAGUAGUCAGUGUAGUCAGUUAUAUCACUGAAAUCGUUAAACCUUCUAGCCAUUGUACACCAGGGCUAAUUCAACAGUGUGCUAAAAAUGUACAAAGCAUUCCAUCUAGUUUUGUAAAUCUUCUUUCUCUUUAUGACUUCCACCUCCAUUUCAACAGGAAUUACCAGUAUUUUCUAUUUUAAACCAGCCCCCACUUAAAAUCCCAUUCUAAUCCACAUUUCCUUUACUUGCCAUCUUUUCCAGCAUAACUGUUAGAUUUUAAAGCAAAAGUAGGUGCUGAAUAAUUUGGACUUGCAUGCCUGAUAUAUUGCAGGCUACAAUUAACUAGCAGUGACAGCGGAUCAAAGAAAGAACAUAUAAAUGUUCUUUUGCCAUCUUAGUCACCGACCUUAAGCAACAUAGUGCAGGAAUUAUGCAACUCCUACAAGGUUUAAAUGGUCUGGAAAGGCUCAGUGUGAGCCAUUUUUGAAGCUCCACAAACAUUGGGCUAAUGUUUAUUAUAAUUCCAUGUUUAGUGUACCCGUCUCCUGACAACCAGCAUAGAGAGAUGUUAACAUUCUUUAGAGUUGGCUAAGCAAGAUUUGGGCAUGGAGCAAGUUUUUCUUCUUGAUUUAUAUAUGUAAAAAAAAAAAUUAUACGCCACACAUCAAUACAAAAUAUUUUGCGGGCAAAUAAAACAGAUAGAACAAACUACGGAACACACUGCAUAAUAAACCAACAAUCAAGUCCAAAGAUGGCUGAUAAAAGCAGUGUAAUUAGAACAGAUAAUAAUGAGUUAAAAGGCCUGGGCAGAAAGGUCUUCAGUGGACCUUGAAAAUACAUCAAAGUAGACACCAGGCAAACUUUUAUGGCAAGAGCUUUCCACCAGCAGAGUACCCCCUUGAAAGCCUUUUCCUCUCAUCAGCACCCAGGUGAGAGGAGAAGUUGGAGGAUGGCAUCCAAAGGUGAUCACUCUGUAUGGGUAGGCUUGUACCAGAGCAGAAUUCCGUGAGGGAAGGUGAAAAAUAAAUAAAAGUAAACAAAUACAUUUUGAAGGCUGCUGAAAAGUUUGGGAAAUUAAGGGGGUUAUAUUCCGCCGACUCCUCUGCUGGCAUGUACCUUAGGGGCAUUAGGGCUACCAAUACAGUUUAUAUCACCUUGGUGAUACAAGGUUUCCAAAAUGAGGCAGGAUAUUGUGAAAUAUGUUGGUCUGCUGCAUUGAAUGCUAAAUGCAGACUCUGGUCCCUGUCCUAUUGUUCUUGGUUUGGCUCCUGCUUGAUCACCAAAAUACCCAGAGCCUGUCCAUUGGAAUUAUUUCAAAUGCACCCAAUGUCCUAAAACUGGUCCUAGAUCACAGUUUAAGAUUGGACUUGCUUUCCUAGGUGGGUGAUUUAUUUAUUUUUGCAUACAAGACCACUGAAAUGGCCAUGAGGACUACAGUCCAGCACAUGUUUACUCCCCAUCAGUUUCAAUGAGAUUUGAAUGUAGUAAACUAUGUGGGACUGUACCUUAAUGCUACAAUCCAUGCAAAGUUAUUAGGUUCCAUUCAACAACUUGGGGCAGACCUUCAAUGAAAGAUGUGUAGGAGCCAAAAUUGUUUAGUGAAGUUGCAUUGAAGAGAAACUGCUGGGUGGAAAGAAAACAAGGCCAUAUUUGACGUGAUUGAAAGGGAGUAGGCAAGCUCUGGUACAGAUAAGAAAACAUUAGAAAAAUCAGGAGAUGGAGAAUGCAACAAAUGCUGUAGCGGCUUCAAAGAGAAUUGUAGAUUAAGCACUUGUGCCUAGCUGACAAUGUAAAAUAGGGUAGCAACAAAUGAGACUAACUGCGCAUGUCAAAAGGUGUAAACUGCUAAUUGGUUAGUGUCACUAAAAUAUACUUUCUGUGUUGAACUAACAUAAUGAAGGGGUUGGUUUUAUGAUUUUAGGUUGCUAUAUCUAUGCUCGUUUUGCAUCUGAAUCCUUUGUAGCGACUUCUGCAUAGGGGUUGCCACCUUGGACAUGCAAUAAAUGUUUAUUGAUUCAUACCUUCUUAUUAUUGACCUCCAGUAUGGGAACUUAGAAUUCCUCUACAGGUGUACAGGAGUAGAAAGCAGACGCCCUAAAUUUUAGCUGAAACCAUUUAGCUGAAAUUCUACUUCCUUGCCCACCCAUCCCCUUGGCUUGUUUCUACAGGUGCAGAUAUGAAUAGAGGCCAGAAGUUAAGCAGAAAUGCUUACUUAAUGUUCCUUUUAAAUUAUCAGUCAACAUGGGACACAGUGUAAUUUUAUUGGGUUGACAUUUUAAUAGUUGCCCUAGUACACCAAGUCCUCCAUUAGAGCACAGCCUCUUUAUGUUCAUCAGGCUUGCACUGAUUAUGUGUCUCUGCUACCAUUCAUUCUCUUUGUGGCAAAUGCUCUAUUUAGGUAAAUUCCACUCCGUGAGUUGCAUAAAACGGAUGUUAAGGAUAGGUAGGUAGUUAAGGAUAGGUAAAGGUAAAGGGACCCCUGACCCUUAGGUCCAGUCGUGACCGACUCUGGGGUUGCGGUGCUCAUCUCACUUUACUGGCCAAGGGAGCCGGCGUACAGCUUCCGGGUCAUGUGGCCAGCAUGACUAACCAGAGCACCACACGGAAACGCCGUUUACCUUCCCGCCGGAGCGGUACCUCUUUAUCUGCUUGCACUUUGACAUGCUUUCGAACUGCUAGGUUGGCAGUUAAGGAUAUAAAAGAGCAAAUAUAACUGGAGUAUAUGUAUGCAGAGUCCCUUAGGAAGAUCAGUGACAUAAAAAUUAUAAGUCUCUUUUAGGGGUAGGGAACUUGUGGCCAGCCAUUAUUGGGACUCCAACUCCAGUCAACAUGGCUUGCUUUAAAGCUACACAGUGUUUCCUACCUCCCUUUACUUCCCAGGGUAGGAAUCACACACAUUUCCUUAGUCACACGAAACAGAUUAAAAUAUAAUAGAAGUUGCCUUCUUGGCCCCAUAGUAAUCAACCUCAGGAUAACAAUGUUCAGUUUCUUCCCUUAUGUUCUUUCUUUCUUUGGUUUUUGGUGUUUGAACUCAUGCUUACUGCACAGCCUAGAUGCCGUUUUAUAAACCCAGUAUGUUGAGAUCUGUGAAUAAUCAGACUGCAUGUCUGUAGACUCCCUGGGCAUUUUCAACCCAUAAAACAAGGGUAACAUGUAAAUACAGAGGAAAAAUUGGACAACCAAGCUUUACACAGCUGUUCCUGCUCCCAUUGGGGCCCAUUAAAUGCUAUACAAACAAAGCUGCCUCUCAUUUAGGACUCGGCUAGCAUGCUUUUUGUUGUUGUUUUUUCAUAAUGCCAUAAAUUGUUUUCAAGUGAUGUCGUCAUGAUUUUUUGAUGUUUACUUUCUAUGGUUUGAACCAGAAUUGUGGGGUGUCUAAUAGCAAAACUUGGACAAGUUUUAUGUAAGUGCAGUUUUGCCGUGAAAAUGGAUUCUGAGUGAGGCCAUUCCUCGUUUCACGUCUCUUGAUUACAUGAAAUGAAUGCAUUUACAGGUCCUAAAAACAGCAGAACUCAAAUACCUUAUGAAUCAGAUUUGGCUUCUCUACCUUUGUUAUGGAUUUAGGCUACAAUCUAAACCCCACUUACCUGGGAAUAGGGUUGGGGGAGAAAUUUGAUUCAGUUUGCAUUUAAAGCCAAAUUUAUCAAAUGUGCAUUUUCUGAAACAGUACGAGAACCAAAACAUAGCCAACCUUCAAAAUUCACAAGUAUCUGAAUUUUACAAUGCCGUUCUCAAUCCAGCCAGUGCAUAUAUGGGGGGGGGGAUGUGUAAAACAAAUAUAUUAGUAAAAAUAACAUACAAAAAUGCAUUACAUUAGGAUUAUAUUGCUUGCAAAUAUCUGUACAUUAGUCAAAACUGCAUACCAAAAUGUGUUUAUUAGGAGAAAGUGUUGAAGAAUUUUCAUGAGGAUUUUUUUAAAAUUGCAAAUUGAUGUAGAAACACAGAGAAUUGAAUUUACUAUUGGAACAGUGGGAAACUGAGGGAACUAAAAUUGAUAGUUUCUUCUAUCCUUACAUGGGAGUAAGCCCCAUUGAUUUUUGUAGGGUUUACUUCUGAGUAGACAAGCUUUGGAUUGUAUUUACUUUUAACCUUGGUAUGAAAUUGAUUUGCUGCAUUGAUCUGUGUACUGGCGAGCAAUAUACUAAUAAGAUUCCUGGAAACCAGUAGUUUUGUUAAUCUGUUUUAUGUUAUGUAUCAAAUGCAUUUAUAUAGUGUCUUUGAUAUUUCUGAACCUGUAAUGAAAGUAAGGGCAUAAUGUAUAGGAGUGUGUGUGUGUUCUGCAUCACAGUAGAGAUACUGACUGUAUCAGCAGUCCUUAUAUGUUCUGCUACAAUUAGUUGCAAUGUACCAUAUGUAUCCCUAAAUUUUAAUAUGCUUUCCCAGUUGAUUAAAUGUUCCCAUGGAGUUCAAAGCAGACAUUAUUGGGUAGCCAUGCUUCUUCACAGAUUGGUUUGGAGAUCUUAUUUUCACAACAUAAGGUGGAUGCAGAUGCCGUUAACUGAACUCUUCCCCACCUUACUUUCUGCAUUACGUUGCUUCAGGCACACAUUUCGCAUAUCUGAAGUGAAUCUCGUCAUGUGUGAAGUGAGAAAGCAAAAUGGGAAAAGGUUCGGUUUCCCCUUAACAUCAUGUCCCCCUUUUGCUUUAAAUGUAGAUGACAGACUCAUGACCAAACAAGCAUGUUUGCUCCAUAGCAUCUAUUCUGGUCCAGAAUGCAGUUAGUACAUGACAAAUUGCUCCAUUAUUGGGCACAUUAGGACAUUCUGCAGUUCUUGUUGAAUUGUUAAUACUGACUACAUCUACCUUUCAAGCACAAUGUGUUUUGGAAUCCAUCUUCCAGUACUGGAAGGACAAAUUGUUCUUCACGGUAAAUAUAUCUGUGCUCAAAUGUAAAUGAUUUCUGCCUCAUGUGUUCUGCCUUAUAGUCACAGCCUUAUAGUCACGGCACGACACAGUGCUUUUUUCACGCAUCAACACACCCAUCUCAAAUUUGAGUGUCUCCUCCUAGUUUACCUCCAGGCCAGGAAGUUCUUCCUUAGUGUCUCUUAGACUAGGGUGUUCCUCUUUGGUUGAAAUGUUCUGAAUUCCAUGUAAUGCUAGUAGAUAAGAAAGAAAGCUCAGCUGAAGAAUUAUUGUAAUAAAAAGAUGGAAUUAACGGCUAAUUUGCUAAUGAGAUUUAUUUUGGGCGGAGGGGGUAAAGGUGGUGUGUUUUAAAACCCUUUCCUGAAAACUUCAGAGGUCUCUCCAUUUGCAGAGGCCUCCUUAAAACUGUCUUCCUCCAGCCGAUUCUUGUGUCCCGUGUGACUACAUGCCACAUACUCACUUUACUAAAAGGGGAAGUGAUUACAAUGGUAGUGCAAAGCAGAAAGUGCAAAAUCAAUAAGACUGAGUUCAACUUUCUCCAACUCUUGUGGUUUCUCAUAACACGAGGCUAAUAUGAAGACAUCUAUUAUACAGGGAAGAACUGAAUACAUAUGUCAUAUUUUUCAACACAUAAACCGGGUGUGUGUGUGUGUGUGUGUGUGUGUAGCUUAUUUUCUUCAGAUUAUAUAUACUCUGCCUACUAAAUGAACUUUCUGAGAGACUGCUCAGUGCCUCUCAGCCUAAGCUACCAUUAAAUGAGGAGGGGGAGAACCAUGUAUGCCACCUUGAGCUCCUUGCAGGGGGAAAAGUAGGAUAUAAAUGCAAUGUAUGUAUUUUUCCGUCUAUAAGACACCCCCCUGUAUAAGACGACCCCCUUUCUUUUUUAAUCCAAAAUUAAGUUGUUUAGCUUUUUAGGGGUGGGGUGGGGGAGGUCACUUCCGCCAAUCGCUCACCCGCCUUCCUGCCACUGCCGAUUGCUUGCCACAGCCACUGCCAAUCGCACACCUCGCUACAGCCGUCAAUCGUCUGCCCAAUUGCCGCAGCCACAGCCAAUCGCCAGCAGGCCUUGCCGCAACCACCAAUCGCCGCUGCCAAUCUCCUGCUUGCUGCUGCCAUUAAUCGCACCUCCCCCCCCUCUGCAUUCACUAUCUGUGUAUAAGACGACACCCAAUUUUUGCCUAGUUUUUUUUAAGUGAAAAGCAUCGUCUUAUACACAGAAAAAUACUGUAGGUAGAUAAGUAAAUAAGUAAGUAAGUAAAAUCAUUGAUGGGGAACCUGAAACCUGGGGGGCAAAUAUGGGCCUUCAGGCAUCUCUGUCAGCCCCUUUAACUCUCCCCAGGCCAUAUCCCUCCUUGACAUGGCUGCAAUGUAGCUUUGAACUCUGAAAAUGUGUAUUGCUUACCUGGGUGACGGAUACAGAGGGGCGUGUGAGUGUGUGUAGAACCUAGCCUACUAUAGAAAGAUAAAAAUCGCAGUUGUUGUUCCGCCCACUUUUGCCUGUGGCUGUGUCUGCCACCAGCAUGGAAAGCCCAGAAAGCCACCCAAAAGGACAUGCAGUCCUUGGGCUGAGAACUCCCCCUGCCCCAGCAAUAGACAGCAUGACCAAUGUCCAUAAUUGCAACAAGAAUAUGUAUGUUUCCCCCAGUCCAUAAAUGGCUGUCCAAGCAGCAGGAUGUUCAGUCUGACAAGUCAGUGCUUUCUCACUCAGUUCCUGGCCCAGAUAGCAGAGGCAGGCAGUGAUGGAAGCCUCCCUCAAGGCCACAGAUAUUUCAGUUGCUGCUCUAGGCCCAUGGUCCAUGCCCAUGCAGAGCUUGUCUGAGGCCUGCAGGUGGGGGGGGGAGUCUUGUCCACGGGAUGUGCCACCGUGGCACCACCACCUAAUCUGUUCUGACACUAUACACUAGUACGCAGUAACCGUUAGUUUCUGUUUUGCCACUGAGCAGCUGCUUGGAAUCACAGGACUCUGUUUACAUUCCAGAGUCCUUCCAGACUGUUGGAAGUCUCACAGGAGACGGGAGACAGGAUGUGACGUUAGUGGUUUCCUGUUUCCUUUGUUCAGUUGCUCUCUGCUUUCAAGGAGAGAGGAUGUCUUUUCUGUCUGCGUAGCUUAGAAAUAAAACUCUUUGCAAUGUAGCCCAAACCUCUCGUCUCUUUCCUGUGCUGGAAACUCUGCUGAAGAAUGUGCCUGAGGCCUUAUCAAAGGCUCAGGUCGUUAAACACGUUGGGAGGCGAUUCUGAAGGACUCGGGGGAAGAAAAUGAGCUUUAUCAGCUUGGCCGAGCGGAGAUCCUGACUGUAACAUGGGUCCAAAUUUUACUGUUGAAGCGUUGCAGUGCAUACAAACUGGCAUGGGCAUUUUCCCAUGGUUGUUAAGCCCAUUAAGACCCCGGUCAUUUAGGAGGCAUGGGGUGUUCUUGACAUGACAACGUGAGUGGCUGCCCGCAUGCUCUGCCUUUGCUUUUUCCUUUCAGACCAGGGCUUCCUCAAUGCUCAGGACUUUCCCAUAAGAUUCUGGCUCUCUUGGCCAAUGCAGAGGGUGCUGUGGCAACAAAGUUAUUAGAAGCCUCCCCCCACCCCACCCCCAUUCUUUGGUAUAAUGAGUAUCUCAUACAAAAUAUGUUUACUUGGGCAUUAGGUCAUUACUACUGCUUGAAAUCUCAGUUGUUUAGUCUUCCCAGUUGUACAAUUCCCAUUAGCACUGCUGAGACUUAACAGCAAGUAUCAAGAGGAGUACAUAAUAGAAACUAGACCAAAGGGAAUGUGACAGGCUAGUUAAUAGAUGAUUAGAAUAGAGGAGCUUUAAGCUUGAUUCUCCCUUGGCUAUGUACUUCACUGCGUUGUGACAUACAGAGAGAGCGUCACCUCCAGGGACAAGAUUCAGAGCAAGAUUCAGAGCUAUUAACCUUCCUACUACAGAAGUUGAGGCUUUCUAAUUAAGCAAAUAGGAGGGCUGGCAACUCUGCUGCAAGCUGAGCUUGCAUAUUCAACAGUUUGCUAGUUAAAGCUGAGCUCUGCUUGUGGUGAUAUUGGCAAUUACAGAGCUUAAUGAAAAGAUGCUUUAUCAUCUAAUUCAAAUAUGCUGGAAAGUGGGGGACUUGCCACCAAAUAUUUGGCUGCUUAGUGUAAAUAAGGUGGGUGGGGGUAGACCUGCAGUCCUGGAGCUGUACCUAGACCCCAACUCCCAUCAUUCCUGACUCUUGGCCAGACAGACUGGGACCAAUGGAAGUUGGGGGCCCACGGCAUCUGCAUAAUCAUCACUUAGCUCCCCCCGCCGCCGCCGCCGCCAGCUUGAAUUUAGUGGUCAAAUUCACACACUAGCAAGUUUGGAGUCUCUUACAACAGCUUCCAUUUGAUAUUUCAUAGUAUUUCCUACAGUUAUUACAGCGAACAAUGGAAUAUUUAUAUUAUGAUCAGGUAUUUCCCUCCAGAAAUAGCCAUGUCUUCUGGGUGAUGAAAUUUUGUACCUUUCAGAAACAAUAAUGAGAUGUACUCUGAUGUUCUGAGCUGCGUAGGGUUGCCAACUGGACAGGGAAAGAACAAGCCUUUCAUUUUCUUGUGCCUUUAACAUAGGUUUGAUAUGCAUACAUCAGCAGGUCGAUUUUUCUUCACAUGAAACUAAAGUUUAUCUCCUGCUAAUUGCUGUUGGGGGACACGGGUGGUGCUGUGGGUUAAACCACAGAGCCUAGGACUUGCCGAUCAGAAGGUCGGUGGUUCGAAUCCUCGUGACGGGGUGAGCUCCCGUGGCCCGGUCCCUGCUCCUGCCAACCUAGCAGUUCGAAAGCACGUCAAAGUGAAAGUAGAUAAAUAGGUACCGCUCCGGCGGGAAGGUAAAUGGCGUUUCCAUGCGCUGCUCUGGUUCGCCAGAAGCGGCUUAGUCAUGCUGGCCACAUGACCCUGAAGCUGUGCGCCGGCUCCCUCGGCCAGUAAAGCGAGAUGAGCACCACAACCCCAGAGUCGGCCACGACUGGACCUAAUGGUCAGGGGUCCCUUUACCUUUUAAUUGCUGUUGAUCAAUCUUCACCUUAAGGGAAGAUAGUUCCUGGGAGGAAGGAAUUCAAAUGAUGGCAUCUCUAGAACUAUGGAAGAACGGACGCACACAGUUGGACAUACCUUUGGAGUUCUAGAAUAAACAAAAGCUCUACAUUGCCAUCUGAUAACCUUAUGAGAAAUAGUUGAACUGCUAAAUUGUUCAACUCCUUGUAAGGUCAAGAUAUUAUGUAAUUUUUAUGUUGCUGCUGCAGAAAGUGGCAUAAAUUUAGCGGGUGUGGUUUACGGUUUCCUGAUCAAAGACAGAAGGAAGGGAAGGCAGGAUACACAGAAUACAUAGAAAGCUGCCUCAGACCAUUGGUCCAUUUAGCGCAGAAUCGUCUUCACUGACUGGCAGCAUCUCUCCAGGGUCUGAGGCAGAGGACAUUCCAAGUUCUACCUGGAGAUCCUGGGCAUUGAAGCUGGUACCUUUUUCACCUUUGCAGUGCAGUUCCAACCAUGUUCAUUACUUGGUAGUUAGAUCCAGUGUGAUUUAAGUUAAAUUUUCUUUCACGGAAAGAGGUUUACAGCCUCAGAAUGGAAAGGAAGGGAAUGUUGUCGCGGAGAUGAGAUCUAUCAGUGGCUCUUUACCAUAAUAGCAACAGGCAGGAACGGGGAACCUCUGGCCCUCCAGCUAAAGCAAAUUUUACCUCUUUAAAAAUCAGAAUGAACCACUCAUUUGUGAACAUGCUCUAAGGUUGCAGUCCUGUGUUCACUUACCAAGAAGCAAGUUCCGUUGAACAUAACCUCUGGCAGUUGCUGCAUUUUUAAUUGUCAGUGAUUCACUGAUACUGCAAUAUGUUUUUGAUUGUUUAAAAUGAAGUUGUGAGGUUUGAGUAUAUUGCAUAGAAAACAAGCUAUAAAUGUAUUAAAUACAAAUAAACAUGCCUAUGAUCAGGAACAGCAUCUUAAAAAGCAGAGACAUCACCUUGCCAACAAAGGUCCUUAUAGUUAAAGCUAUGGUUUUCCCAGUAGUGAUGUAUGGAAGUAAGAGCUGGACCAUAAAGAAGGCUGAUCGCCGAAGAAUUGAUGCUUUUGAAUUAUGGUGCUGGAGGAGACUCUUGAGAGUCCCAUGGAUUGCAAGAAGAUCAAACCUAUCCAUUCCUAAGGAAAUCAGCCCUGAGUGCUCACUGGAAGGACAGAUUGUGAAGCUGAGGCUCCAAUACUUUGGCCACCUCAUGAGAAGAGAAGACUCCCUGGAAAAGACCCUGAUGUUGGGAAAGAUUGAGGGCACAAGGAGAAGGGGACGACAGAGGACAUGAUGGUUGGACAGUGUUCUCGAAGCUACCAGCAUGAGUUUGACCAAACUGCGGGAGGCAGUGGAAGACAGGAGUGCCUGGCGUGCUCUGGUUCAUGGGGUCAUGAAGAGUUGGACACGACUAAACAACUAAACAACAACAACAAUGAUCAGGAACAGAAAAAUCUCUUUGUGUAUAUAAGGAAACCUGGGAGUUCUUGAUGAAGCUAGUGCUGUAAGUUAUUUCUCUCCUCUUACCACCAUCUAGUGGGGAAGUAGAACAUGUUCUUCUACAGCAUACUGCAGGGAGGGAGAAGAAUAACCUGAGUCAUGUAUCCAAAUCAGACCAAAGAAAUGUACUUCUGUGACAACCAUAAGGGCUUUGAUACAUAAGUAUAUCCAGCAGUCCUGCUCUCCUUUUAUAAAAACUGCUUGUUAACUUGAUGCAAAGAAAACUGAGUCUUUGGAAAUAGCAAGGACAGGAGAAGGGAUUAUUUUGUGGUUGUGUAAUGGAUGACGGGGGGGGGGGGAGAUACAAAGCCAUGGGCUCAUGCUGGUGCUUAAGGGAACCUUUUGGAUAGGAGAGAAAUAAGCAGAAACAGAGAUGGGUUAUGGGUGUGAGGAAGAGGAAAUGGAAAUGAGGAAAUGGAAGAGAGUGGUAUCAAAAUAAUAAUAAUAUCUAAGAUUUUUGUUGAGCUUUCAAGUGCACAAAGCACUUCAUAUGCAUUAUCCUGUUGUAAUCCUCACAGCAAACCUGGGAGGCAAGUCAGUGUUACGACUGCCCAUGUUGUAGAUGUCAGGGAGGGAAGCUAAUAAUAAUAAUAAUAAUAAUUUAUUUAUACCCCGCCCAUCUGGCUGGGUUUCCCCAGCCACUCUGGGUGGCUUCCAAUCGAAUAUUAAAAACACAAUACAGUGGUACAUACGCUUCAGGUUACAUACGCUUCAUGUUAAAGACUCCGCUAACCCAGAAAUAGUACCUCACGUUAAGAACUUUGCUUCAGGAUGAGAACAGAAAUCGUGCUCUGGCGGCACAGCGGCAGCAGGAGGUCCCAUUAGCUAAAGUGGUCUUCAGGUUAAGAACAGUUUCAGGUUAAGAACGGUCCUCUGGAAUGAAUUAAGUUCUUAACCCGAGGUACCACUGUACCAGCUUACCUGGGAGCAAGCACCACUUAGCACAGUGGAACUGAAUUCUGAAUAGAAAGGCACUGGACUGCUCUGUCAAUAAUUAUGUAUAUUUGCUUUAAAAGAAAUAUUCAGGGCUGGGGAGAAAGUGCCAAGCUGCCGUAGCUUCACGGACCAGUCUUUCUAGCUGACAGCAAGAGGGGGAAGAAGAACAAAAAGCUGCUUUCCCCGCCCCCCAAGCCUUUGCUUCCUCUUGCUUUUGAACUGCUAGGUUGGCAGGAGCAGGGACUGAGCAACAGGAGCCGUGCACUCUGGCUUCUGUCACGGUGUUCUAUUGUGCCAAAAGCUGUUUAGUCCUGCUGGCUACAUGACCUGGAAAGCUGUCUGUGGACAAAUGCCGGCUCUCUCGGCCUGAAAGCAAGAUGUGUGCCACAACCCCAUAGUCGCCUUUGACUGGGCUUAACUGUCCAGGGGUCCUUUGCCUUUCUUUCUUUUUUACCUUUAUAAGGUGUGUGAUCUUUGUUGUAUAUUUUGUUGUUUCUUCAGCUUGUAAACUACUUUGUGUAUGGUAACAUAGGAAGGCGGUAUACUAAUUUAAAAUGGAAUGAAAUGAUAUAUGUUUCUAGUGUGUUGCUGUUGAUAUGCGGCUGCACCCAAUGGUGACUUUGUGCUAGCACAAGGUGGUGGAGUAUCCAAAAAAAUUCCCAGUUCCAUCUCCCGCUGCCCAAGAGGUUGCUUCUGAGGACUAAGGGGUCCUCAGGAAAAAUAUGGAAAGGCUGCAAUAGGUAGAGGGAAGCAGGAAAGAAGUGGUAUUCAAGACUUCCUGCUUCCUACAAUGGUAGUAGAACACAGCUGUUAUGUCCAGUAGCUAUUGCUAGCCUUCUCCAUGAAUUUGACUAACCUUCUUUUAAAGCCAUCCCAAUUGGUGGCCAUAACUACUGUAUUUUUCGCUCCAUAAGACACACCGGACCAUAAGACGCACCUAGUUUUUAGAGGAGGAAAACAAGAAAAAAAAAUAUUCUGAACGAAACAGUGGAUGUAUGAUUUUUGUGGUUCAUUCUGUGGCCACAGACAUGUGAUCUGAUGGUAAAUUUGGGGUGACCCAAUGCAAAAAUCCCGAGGAUCCAUGUGGAGCCGUGCUUUGUAACCACGUUUUUGCGCCAUUGCGGCCCCAUGCAACAGUGAGUGCGUGAUUUUUUUGGUGCAGGCUGUAGCCAUGGACAUGCUAUGUGAUCUGAUGGUGAAUUUGGGGUGACCCAAUGUAAAAAUCCUGAGGAUCCAUGGGCUUUUACCUCGCCGCCUUCCGGGCAGCCUCCGCUAGAGUCCCUUAUCUCUCUUCCGAUCCCACUGAUCAGCUGCUUCCUUUCAACACUCCCUUCCCUCUUGUUUGCCUUAGUGACUUUUCCUUAGCUGGAGCAGUUUUUGCUCCUCCUUUUCUUCUAAUUUCUCUCCUUAUUGCUUUAGUCUUCCUGUUUCCCCCCUUUGCAAGUUUGCUGUCUUUACCUCCCCCCUCCCAGGCAGCCUCCUUUAUCUCUCGCGUCCCUUAUCUCUCUCCCCGAUCGGCAAACGAUCAGCGGCUUUGUUUCAACACCCACUUCCCUCUUUAAAAAAACAAACCAUGAUCUGCUUUUCUCCCCUGGGCAAUUCGGCUCCAGGGACCACACAUUCGCUCCAUAAGACGCACAGACAUUUUCCCUUACUUUUUAGGAAGAAAAAAGUGUGUUUUAUGGAGCAAAAAAUACGGCACUUCUUGUGGAAGGGAAUUGCAUAGUUUUAACUAUGUGCUGUGUGAAGAUGUACUUUCUUUUGACUGCCACGAGACUUCCAACAUUCAUCUUCAUUGGAUGGCCUUGAGUUCUAGCAUUAUGAGAGGGACAGAGACAUCUCCCUUUCCUCUUUCCCCAGACCGUGGAGAAUUAUAAACAUCUCUAUCAUGUCCCCUCUCACUCCCCUUUUCUCUAAACGAAAAGCCCCAAAUGUUAUAACCUUCAUUCUAAGGUUAUCUUGCUCAUUUUGUCUGUUUAAGCUCUUUUAUUGUAAAUUGUCCUGUGUUUGAUUUUAUCACAGGCAGGGGAUGGGAAGUAAAUGCCCAAGGGUGUCCAUGCAUGAGCGGGAUGGACCUCUGCUCUUGCAAAGAUAUUUCACCUACCUCUCCCCCCCAUGUACCCUGAAAAACUGCUCUGGGGAGUUGGGGGGUCUGGGCAGGGAUCUGCAGGGUGGAGAAAAUAAAGAUGAAAUCCCAUUGCACAAGCAAACGUCCAUUCGUGAAACGUCGGAGUCUACCCGUAAUAAAUGAAUAAAAGCACAUUUGGCAAAUUGUGGGGAAAUGACUGGAAAAAUGGGGCAACUAAAUAAUUAAAGACUUAGAAAUCCCUGGUAUGGAAAAGUUAGUGAUGGGUACCUGAACAAGAACUGAGCACAAUUCUGCCACUGCUGCAAAGGCAAGCUCUCCUUUUAACACUCCAGCAACCGCUGCUAAUGUGAUAGUGCAAUGGUAGUCCUGGGUGAACCUUCUGACAGGGAGAAACACAGUCAAAAGGCAUACAGAAAUCUUGGAUAAGGGCUGUCAGAUUGUUCGUGUUAUGAGGCCUCAUUGAGAGGGGUUUCUUCUGGUAAUAUGCUUUGAUUACACAGCUCAGACUGUGUUGAUGGCUAAUGAAAUUAUUUAUUUAGAUAUAUUAAUGAUUCAUCCUACACUACUCUGCUGUUACAGGUUUUUGUUUUUUUAUCAACAGCGUUGAAAACUACCUUUUCCUGCAGGCAGAAACAAAGCAGCUCUUAAUUGUACACGUGACACCUAUACGUAAGUGGUCAUCAUUAUUAAUUAUCAUUAAUCCCUUUGAAUGGUGCAAGACAAUGGCUUGGUUUGUUAUUGUUUAGUCGUUUAGUCGUGUCUGACUCUUCGUGACCCCAUGGACCAGAGCACGCCAGGCACUCCUGUCUUCCACUGCCUCCCGCAGUUUGGUCAAACUCAUGUUGGUACUUGUAGCAGACCAUUUUUAUAGUGGCAAUCUAGUCUGCUCAUAAAAUUGUUUUUUAAUGCCAUAGUGUUGAAUCUUUUGGUGUUUGAAGGACGAGCAUAAUUCAUCAAAGGUUCAUGUAGGGAAUUCUAAAACUGGUUUUUUUAAAAAAACCUGACAUGAUCAAUGUUAUUCCUGGCAGUAUUCAAGCUCAUGAGGGUUAUUCUUUGAUCUAAGAUAAAUAACAAGACACUUCACAAGUAAACACCACACCCACUUUUCCAAGUUGAGGGGAUCCUAUUUUCAUGUGCUAUGCAGGUACCAAGACACCAAUCCUGCAAAGACAUACAUGGAGGCCUCACCUUAUUUUUAUCAUAAAACAAUGGGGGUGGGUUACCUGAUUUUGCUUCCCAUGCCAGUCCCACUAAAAGCAAUAACCCAAAGGUUAAUGGGUCUACUCUGAGUAUGACACUGAGUAUGGCAUUGGAUAUCAUAGAAUCAUUUAAAUUUACGAGUUAGAAGGGACCCAAAGGGUUUAAUCAUAAGCUGCUUUGGGUGGGCAUUUCCCAGAAAAGUGUCCUAGAGUUUUUUUUAAAAAAAGUGGCCUUUUAAAGAAAAUUAAUGAUAAAAAUAAAUAAAUUAUAAAAAAGUGAUGGCAAAAGAGCUUGUUUUAAAGAGGCAGCAUUGCUGAUUUAGUAUAUUUGAAGUACAAUUUGCACAAGGAUACCUGUCCUUAAAAAGUUCACAUAUUGACGCGAAUGUCAGUUAAGUAAAAUGUGACAAAACCUAGGGAGAAAACACAGGUUUCCAGCUCCUUUAUUACAAAGGUCAAAAGUUAUAACAAUUUCAAUUAUUCACAUGAGCGCAGCUGGUAUGCACGGUUACACAGACACAAGACCAUCUUUAUUCCAUGAGCGAAGCAACUUUCCACCUAUUUUAUUAGAGAUAAGAAUGUGCUUCUCAUUUGUCACAGCUUUGUAAACAGGUUUACAUAGGACAUAGCACCGGAGUUCAGUCCCCUGCGCAAGCUUAUGCAACUUUCCUUUUACUUUGGAAAGAGCUCUGUUGUGAUUAUGCUUAACCCGAAAGGCUGUCAUUCAGUGCAACAGAGCUUUUGCAGCUCCAAAGUGACUAGCAGCCCAGUUUCGUUACAUUUCACAUACAAAAAUAUCACUGGUAACCUGAAAACCCAAUGGGCUUGAUACAUGACCAUUAUACUGAAUUACUGCAUAUUCAGGUAUUAGCAUUAUACACACACACAAAACUUAAACCAUGGAUGUAUCGUUUCACCACUCUCUUACACACUUCUCAAGAACUCCACCACUGCUGUUGACUGUAAGAGUUGUUUCAGAGACUGGGAAACAGGAAAACAACAUCUCACAGGAUAGGAAAGGUUUUACAAGAUCCAACAAUCACAUUCUCCUUACCCCCUCCCCUAGAACAACCAGCUUGAUUAGGGUUGUGUGACUAUUCUGGUACCAGAUGUACCAUCAUUGCAUUCUUUGUGUGUGCCAUGGUAGAAAGAGAUUACUAGGAAGAGGUAGGUAGGUAGGUAGGUGUAUUGAAGUUUAUGGCACGUGGCAGGCAGACCACAUUGAAGCGCCUACUAACUAGGGUGAAGGAGCACAGUGAUUUAAACAAAAAGCACAAGAAGCUGUCACCAACAUAUUGCAGCAUGGGAUAAACAUAGCUAGGAGCCUUCAGAUAGGGCUGCCAUAUGUCCUCUUUUUCUAGGGCAAUGGCCUCUUUUUCAUGGGUAUGUAAAAUGAGAGUUCGUCAUAACGAUCCAUACUUAAAAGCAGAAGUUGGCAAAUGUGUCCUCCUCUUUUGCUCUUCAAAAUAUGGCAACCCUACUUCAGACCUCGAUGGACACACCUCCAGUGUUCAUUACAGCGAAGGUGUGGGAACAGUCAGAUUGGGGAAGAGGAUAAAUGUCAAAAUCCCAGUAACGCUGAUGUUACGCCCAUGAUCUGGAACACAUUCACUUGGAAACAAGUCCCAUCAAUUUCAAAAUAAGCUUAUCCCCAAGUGAGUGUGUGCUUUGAAGUCUCAUUUGUCAAACAAAAGCAUCUAUACAGAGCGCCUCUGUUAAGGCUUUGUACUGGUCUGAAGAGAGGUUCUUUCAACCAAGAGAUUGUUCUUUCGCCUCCGCCUCACUUUCCUUCAGAAGAAGGUUUCUUUGUUGAUCCACAUGAGGCUGCGGGUCUCGUUCGGCUUGCACUCAUACUCAAUGCAGGCAAAGCUGUUUCCCCACUGACAGUGGUCUCGCUUGUGGUAGUUGUAGAAUUUGACUUGCCAGACUGUUUCAAAAGCACCAAUGUCAGUGACCUGGAGAGAGCAAACCCAAUUCACUUCUUGUUAAGAGCUAGAAAAACCAUCAUCAUCAUCAUCAUCAUCAUUAUUAUUACUGUUAUUUUAUUAUAAGAAUUUCAUUUAUAGAAGGACAGAGUGAGAAAAAUAAAGAAAAAGUGAGAUUGAAUGGAAAAAAAUGGAAAAUAAAGUAUUUUUUCUUUUUCUUAAAGAGCUGCAAAACCUGCACGACUGCAGAUUCAGAGGUCCUGUGAAUACCCUGUAGCCUGACAAACACUAACCUAAACAAGUGUAUCAGAAUUAGCAGAGUUGCUGCACAUUAAAUAAAAUAAGUUAUUUGAAAUAAAGCUUUCGCAGGACAGUGCUCGCUUAACUCUGUGGCAUGAGUAGCAACACAUUCCUAUGCAUGUCUAAUCAGAAACGAAAUAGAUUGGAAAGAGAAGUUGCUGAAUUGCAGCUUAUUACCAAACUUAAGGGAUGCGGGUGGCGCUGUGGGUUAAACCACAGAGUCUAGGACUUGCCGAUCAGAAGGUGUGUGGUUCAAAUCCCCGUGACAGGGUGAGCUCCCGUUGCUCGGUCCCUGCUCCUGCCAACCUACUAGUUCGAAAGCACAUCAAAAGUGCAAGUAGAUAAAUAGGUACCGCUCUGGCGGGAAGGUAAAAGGCGAUUCCAUGCGCUGCUCUGGUUUGCCAGAAGCGGCUUAGUCAUGCUGGCCCACGUGACCCGGCUCCCUCGGCCAGUAAAGUGAGAUGAGCGCCGCAACCCUAGAGUCGGCCACUUCUAUGACAGAUACUUAUGCCAAAACAAAGUCAAAUCUGGCUUCAUUCCACAACAACUUAUAUUGGGCAUGAAGAUGCUUUAAAAAUUGUGAUAGCUGAAAAACCACACACAAAGUCACCCCUCUAGGAUUCGACACCACUUACCAUAUGGACCUGCAGGUGGGCCAAUUACCAGACUAUUGUAACGGUAGACAAACCUAUCCAGAUACGUGGACGUGCUUAAUCUCCUGUUAGUUUACUGCUGACUGCAACUGCUUUUAAAGCAUUUUGGUUAAUUUUUAAACUGAUUUUAUUGAUAAUUCAGAUAUUUCUUAUAAACCACUUGCAGGGUAUGUUACAAUCAAGCUGUAUCUAAAUUUUGCUAAAUAAUAAAGUAAUAGUACAUCUAAAUUCUCUUACGAAAGAAAACUGAAUUCUCCCAGCUGAAUAAGUUACAAAUUAAGGAAACUUGCACAUGGGUCUCAGGCUAGCACUUGGGAGACUAGGGUUCAAAUUCCCCACUCAGCCAUGAUGCUCACUGGGUGACCUUAGGCCAGUCAUAGGCUCUCAGUCUAACCUGCCUGACAGUGUUGUUGCAAGCAUAAAAUGUGGCAGGGCUGAAACUAGACUUUCUGUCACCCAGGGCAAAGACCCAGUUCAGCACCUCCCCCCACGUGUGUUUGCGCACACACACACACACACACAACUCAACACAUUUGUUCAUAAGGGGCAUAAAAAAGUAGUUAGAGGCUGGAGAAGUCUCUGCAAAUAGUAGAAUUGUCUGUGGCUUUCAUUCAACCUUAAGUAGAUCUCCUCAGUGAGUAAUAGAUCAUUUGAGGAAUUCUAAGACUGUAUGACCAAAGGGAAAAUGAAAAAGUAAGAGUAAAUUGAAAGGGUUUGCACAGAAGAACAUUACUUUAAAAUACCUGGGUGUGUUUGUCUAACUUAUCCUGUUUUCCUAAGAUCCUGUUACCAUGGGGGGGGGGGGUUAUGGGGCUGGGGCUCCCUGUUAGCUUGAUUGUCAAGCAAUUAUUCCCUGUUUACCUGGCUUUUGACUCAUUGAAUGCUCUGUAAAUGAAGGAUUAAGAUGAAAUGGUUAUCUGUUAUCUCUACAAGCCGCAGGUCCACUCCACCCCCCCUUGCUGACAGGUGGGAAGCCUGGUGCCCUUGGGAAAGGGUCAGGGACAGAGAUACUGACUGCUCCCCCAUUGGCUACAGCCCUGAAUGGGGGCAGGAAAGUCCAUGUCCACAAUCUUGAGCAGAGGAAAGGUGGGAUAUAAAUGUAAUAAAAUAUAUUUUGGAAUGUGACUAAGUUUUAUUCAAUGUAGAUGCAUCAAAAUUAAUGAACAGGACUAUGUUAAGUCCAUUAAUUUCAAUGGGUCUACUCUCAGAAAAAGGGACGCGGGUGGCGCUGUGGGUUAAACCACAGAGCCUAGGACUUGCCGAUCAGGUACCACUCCGGUGGGAAGGUAAACGGCGUUUCCGUGCGCUGCUCUGGUUCACCAGAAGCGGCUUAGUCAUGCUGGCCCCAUGACCUGGAAGCUGUACGCCAGCACCCUCAGCCAUUAAAGCGAGAUGAGCGCCACAACUCCAGAGUCGGUCACGACUAGACCUAAUGGUCAGGGGUCCCUUUACCUUUACCUUACUCUCAGUAAAGCCCCACCCUAACUACCAGAAAUCUUGUUCUAUAUUUCAGCUGCAAUUGCCCAUGUGUCUUCUAGUACAGGACCAGCCUAAUACAUUUUGCCCUUGCAUCUCCCCAGUCAAGAUGCGCAGUAGACAAGGCUGGCCUGCACCAUAGACAGAAAAGCUCAUGAGCAAACUCUUUCCUUUCCUUUCCUUCCAGAAGUAUAAAUAUAAUAAUAAACUAAACUAUUCACUUCCCUUUCAUGACACUACGCUCCAUGCUUCUACAGAACUGUGGCAAAACCACAACCCUACUGCAACCCCAAUGAAUUACUUUGUGAAUUUCCACCCCUUCACCUCUUAGUUUUUUCACCUACAAUUAUGUCUCUUGCGUUAGUAUAUAAAGUAGACCCUGGUACAUCUGGUUGCACAAAUAAAAUGCACAGCUGGGGAAACAUCAGCAAGAAAUUAGCUUGCUUCAAGAGGCAGUGACCACCAAUAUAGUUUUGAAAUAACUUCAUUUAUGUCCACUGAAAAUGAUGACCUGGUAUGACUUGGACUACUGCAAUGCACUCUGUGUGGGGCUACAUUUCAAGGUGACUCACAAAAUACAACUAAUUCAGAAUUUGGCUGCUAGGCUGGUGACUGGGAACAGCCACUAGGACCAUGUAACAGUAGUCCUAAAGGAUCCACACUGGCUUCCCGUAUGUUUCUGAGCACAAUUCAAAGUGUUGGUGCUAACCUUUAAAGCCAUAAAUGGCCUUGGCCCAGUAUACCUGAAGGAGCAUCUCCACCUCCAUUGUCCAGCCUGGACACUGAGGUCCAGCUCCGAGGGUCUUCUGGUGGUUCCCCCACUGUGAGAAGUGAAGUUACAGGGCGUCAGGCAAAGGGCCUUCUUGGUAGUGGCGCUGACCCUUUAGAAUGCCCUCUCAUCAGAUGUCAAGGAGAUAAAGUAUACAGCUAUUAGAAGACAUCUGAUGGCAGCCCUGUUUGGGAAAGUGUUUAAUGGAUGAUGUUUCGUUAUGUUUUUUAUAUUCCGUUGGAAGCUGUCCAGAAUGGCUGGAGCAACCCAGUCAGAUGGGUGGGGUAUAAGUAAUAAACCAUUAUUGUUGUUAUUAUGAUUAGGCCAGGAGCACUGGAAAACAGAAACUGUAAAUCACAACUGACAAAGACUUGUUGCAGCUACAUUCAGUUUGCUUAAAUCAAAAGGUCUUGAAAGAUGGGGAGGACAGAGAGAGAAUUGAAAGCAGUUGGUCAUGUUAUUACUGACAGCUAAUCUUUGUCAAGUGCCUUCAUCCCAGUGAUCAAGAGCUGACCUUUGCUCAUCUAAAUGCAUCUAAGAUUUUCCAGACCAGUGAUUAUUGUAAGCAAAUUCCAGGAUGACUUUUCAGCCUAGUCAGAAUCAGAAGCUUCGGAGUCUCACCUAACAGACACAAAGGGGGGCUUGCUUGUUAUUAGAUUAUAUAGUGGCCCCAGGAUACACUUCUGACAGAAUAACAAGAGAGAGAGAUCUCUGUCCCAAGGAAUUUACAAAUGAAAUUAGCAACUGUUAGCCUCACAAGAAGAGAAUGGUAGAAAAGGGGAGGCAAGGGUUAACCAGGAUGCACAUGACUUUGCCCACAUUUCCAACUGUAAAACCUAUGAGCUGAACUUAUACACUGCUUGAUGGUAAAAAUAAUAAUAAUAAAAAAUCUCAAAGCAGUUUACAAAAGAUAAAACAGCAGAAUCGAGAAAAAAUUGCAACUACCGUAUUGACCCGAAUAAAAGCCGCACCUGAAUAUAAGCUGCACGUUUAAAAUUGGAGGUGGGGGGGGAGAAAAAAAGAAAAAAUACCCGAAUAUAAGCCGCUCCAUUCCUCGCUGCUUCUGGCUGCAUACUGGGGGGGCGUGCUGCGUUUCCGUCGGCCUUUCCCCUUCCUCACACUCUCCCUUUCCGGCCUUGGGGGAAGAGGACGGGGGGGGGGACUACAUGCGGGGAGAGCCCCCACUUUGCUGCGCUCCUGCUGCUGUUUGCCCUGUGCUCCUGGCCACAUACUGUAAGGUCACAAAUAUAAGCCGCACUUCAACUUUUCACGGUCUGAAUUUGGGGAAAAAGUGAGGCUUAUAUUCAGGUCAAUAUGGUAAUACAGAUUAAAAUUAACAAAACUUUUAAAGCAUCUGGGUAGGAUUGUCUAUACAGGAAUGUUUUUAGGAGGUGCCAAAAUGACUGCUGUGAAGGUUCUCAAUAGGCGGGGAGUUCCAAAGUGCAAAUGCUGCCGCACCGAAUGUCUGAGUUGCACGAUAAGCCUCCCACUGACAGCAUAAACCAGGGACCUCUGACCUUUUUGGACCCGGAGGCACAUUUGGAAAUUUAAGAACUGUCACAGGUGCACAGAACACCCAUUUCACAGAGGAUGCUCACCUCCAGCCCAGGCAGGCAAAGCACCUAUGCUCCCCCCAAAUAAGAACAUAGAUAAAACAGGCAACCAAACCUCUCCCAAAGCCCACAGCUUUAAAAAAUGGAAGGAGCAAAGGGCCUUGGUGGGGACAGUAGAAGAUAUCUGAAGAUGCUGUGGUGGUGCCCACGGGUGCCACGUUGGGGAACCCAGGCUCAAGAUGAGUGAAGGAAUAAUUGCUUGGGCAUGCCAGAGAUGUUUGUAAUCAGAACAUCUGCUCAUAGGAGAUUUUCAGGGAUCUUACGUAACAGCUAGGCUUUCAGCUCCUGUGCAAGGUAGCAAUGCAAUGUUUAUUUGAGCCCAGCUCCCAAACCAUGAUGUUUCUGCCACUACAGAUACGUUAAAAUCGGUCCAAAGGCUGGAACUCUGCCGUGUCGUCUGCUCUCAGGCUUGGCAGGUCAGCGUUCUUCCUGCAGAGGUGGAUCCUGUGCCUUUAGCACAAAACUGCACAAAGCAAUGAUGCCAGGAAGGAAAACCUAGACUUGCAAGGUACUGGUUUUUACAUGUCUCCUGCCUGUGUGAGUUGUUACCACACAUGGCAGCUGUUCCAUUCUCCUGGUCUUACUAUGCAGGCUGCUCAGCAAUCAUCAUGGUUUAUAUGCAUACACCUUGCAGUUUGUGGCUAUCUGAUGCAGUGGGCCAGGAAUCCUGCCCCCAGCACCCUCCAUUUCCAUUGAAAUGCAAAGCCCAGUUCUGAAAGGUGGUCUCCGUUUCACAGUUAUAAGAAUGAAAGGCUUAUGAAAUGCAGAAGCUCUUAACAGAGAAGAAGGAAAAUAAGUGAUCUUAUAAAGGUGUUCACAGCUAACAGAGAUGCAGAUGGCUUGCAAAAUGGAAAGGGCUUUACUCUGGAGUGUGUGGGUAUUACAGCCAAAUAUGAUAGAUGAUAUAAAUAACAAACAACACCUUGGAGCUGAUGUGUUGACAGAGGGUGCAAUAAGCUGAAAAAUGCAACUCAGGGGGAUUAAAUAACUUAAAGGGGCACAGUUUGGCCAGAUUUGGUAGCUUUUGCUAAGUGUCUAUAUGGCAGAGAUUGCUCUGUCAGUGGGACGAGAUGGGUGAACAUAAAUCCUACACAGGUUAAAGGUAAAGGUAAAGGGACCCCUGCCCAUUAGGUCCAGUCGUGACCGACUCUGGGGUUGCGGCGCUCAUCUCGCUUUACUGGCCGAGGGAGCUGGCGUGCAGCUUCCGGGUCACGUGGCCAGCAUGACUAAGCCGCUUCUGGCGAACCAGAGCAGCGCACGGAAACGCCAUUUACCUUCCCGCUGGAGCAGUACCUAUUUAUCUACUUGCACUUUGACGUGCCUUCAAACUGCUAGGUGGGCAGGAGCUGGGACCGAGCAACGGGAGCGCACCCCGUCGCGGGGAUUCGAACCGCUGGCCUUCUGAUCAGCAAGUCCUAGGCUCUGUGGUUUAACCCACAGUGCCACACAGCUUACAUUGCUGCAAUAGCACAAUACAGCAGUAAAAGAUUCCUUGCACCUCACCACCAAGGAUGGCAGGGGAAAGGAAAAGCUGUAAUCCUUUGCUCUGGAUUCAAGAACCCUGAAUGGAGUCUCCCAAUAAAGAUAAAGAGAUGAUGGCAAACAUGGGAAAUGCUAGCAUGUUAAUGGUCAGCCACAGCUAAUUCUGAGUGUUUUAGCCAAGGGCACAUAUCUUUAAACUAAUGCCCAAGCCAGAAGAAGCCAACCUGGUUCCCUCUAGAAAAUGUGGGACUCCUGUCAGUCGCAGCCUGCACUGUGCUUGCCUCUGAAUGGCCCAGUUUUACUGCAAGAAUAUGUCUAGUCACGGAUGACCACGUGUCGCUCCUUAAACCUCAGGUGAACUGGAGCGAUGAAUGGGUCAGCUGAGGUCAUGGGCUCUGCAGAGUAAUGGCCAGUCGGCCUUUGGAGGUUUACGCUGUCACAGAUGCUUAAAAAGAUAGAAGUCCAAGGUAAAGGGGAAUUACAACAGACAGUGCUAUGUUCUUAAGUGCUAUACCUUUUAAACAGACCAGAAUGCACUGCCCGUACCCAGACAACAUGACUUAUGCUACCCCACACCCCAAAACACACACUACCUGUAUGUUGAUUUGUAUGGGCUGCCUCUCGCCACUUUUAGUGUGAGUUACGCCUUCUGUAUCGUAGAUUCCAGUGUAGGUAACAGCUUGAGGGUCUCUCGACUUCUCUUCCAGGGGGAACGUUACUCCUCCGAUACCCAUAGUCCUGAAAGAGUAGUUAAUAUUCUUAGCAAGCCUCUCUUCCUAAUGUGGAGAGAGAAAGUAAGGUUUACAAGCAAACAUCUGCCAUGAUUAUAACCAGCUCCCUUUAGUUUUCUGUCCAUAUAUCAGAAUGUAACAGAGAAAGGAAGGCUGUACAAGUGCCACGCUACUGUCCUUCAUUACAGUGCGGGAGGGGGGACAUACAAUGGACAGAUACUCUCAAGAAACAAAGAAGUAUUCAAUUCCACCACUUUCUGUUCAGGAGGCCAUCAAAGAAGAUGUGCCUCCUCCACGUGAGGUCCAGAGGGUGGCAACACAAGAACAGGGCUUUUCUGCAGUGGCUCCCUGUUUGUGGAAUGCUCUCCCUGUUUGUGGAAUGCUUGCCUGGUACCUUCAUUAUACAUCUUUAGGCUCCCAGGCCUUUGAAUGAUUCACAUCACUUUUAAAUGUCCUUGUGGGAGAGAGGGUUAUGGGUUUGUUUUGUUUUUCACAUUUUUAUUUUGUAUUUUAUGCUGUGAACUGCCCUGAGAUAAAUAAUCAUACUCUCUCCUCCCCAAGGGAUGCCCUUAAAAUAUGUCGGCGACUCUUUUUGCAGGUAUCUGUCUAUGUCAUAUAGCUGCAGUUCAAAACAAUUUGAUUAUGUGCCACUAAUCUCAAUUAAUACAAAUGAGUAAUAAGUCGAACAGUCGACUUAUUAUAGUCGAACAGUCGAAACGCCACAAAAGCCAAAGAAGAAAAUUGGGCUGUAACAAGGAGAAAUUGGAGGGGUUUGUUUUCAAACCUGCCUUUUAUGACUCAGAAGAAAAUACCUCUGUGUUUGUCCUAUGGGAGCCUCUGAACAUAGCAAACUGUUUUAUAGCUCAGUAUCGUCUGCAGAGAUUGGUAGUGACUUUCCAGGAUUUCAGGUAUAGGAUUUCCCCAGCCCUACCUGGAGAUUAUUGGGACUGAACCUGGGACCUAGUGCAGGCAAAGCUCUACCACUGAGCUAUAAACCUCCCUUAGAGACAGCCAGCUCAGCUACCAACACUGGAAAUGGAGCUAUGGUGUCAGGGGCGUAGGAAGAGUCAUCCUGGGUGUAUGUGUGACAAAAUCCCCCCUGGGCGGAUCACCACCGCGCCGAUCACCCUGCCCCUGGGAGGAUCACCAUAUGGUGCCUGGAGAGUUGCUUCAAAGUUUCUAAGUAAAUAGAACAGGAUCUAUUAUUCACAUUACGUCCAUCAGGCAUAUCUAUUUUGGAGCUGGGAAGUGCAGCAAUAUUGUGUCAAGUGAGGUUUAUGGCCUUCAAGGCGUGUGUCUGGUGCAAGCACAAUUCCUUGCUUUGAAAGGGAGGAAAACAAGCCAGGAGUUUGUAAGUCCUUAGAUAAAACAUGUGAUCAUGUGUAUGCACAUUUAAACUCACUUAGGAGCACAGCACCACCAUGGCUUCAUGAAUGCAAUGGACCUUCUGCCGCCUGAUGCUACUCAGAAGCAAUUCAUAUUUAAUUCAGUGGGUUCCAGCUACACUGGUGGGCUUUCAAAUUUCAGCAGCACCAAAAUCCGGUGGCCUCUUGCCUUCCGUUCCAGGUCAUUGUUGCGACGCCCCCUGCCGCACCCUUUGGCUCAGCACCUAGUGUGGGCGAACCAGUAGCCCUCCCCUAGAUCCAGCUCUGCCAGGCAAGUGGGGAAAGGUUUGCAACUUCACUUGGGAAUAAGCUCCAUUUCACUGUAGAAAAGGUAAUGCCUUCUUAAAGUAAAAGGAAAGGAAAGGGGGGGGACCUCAGACUUUGGGGGCCCAUUAGCUUGCUGCAUUUUACCUUGCUUAUUCAGUGAGUUAGUUCUUAAAUUUGUACACUGCCCUUCAUCCAAAGAUCACAGGGCAGUUCACAAGAAAACGAGAAUGCAAAAUGAAACAAAAACAACCCGGUAACCCCAACCUCCCCUCCAUUUAAAACGGCACAGAAUGCUAGUCAAAGGCCUGGUUAUAGACAAACAUUUUCGCAUUGCACAAACGGGGAGCCACCCUCCCGGCCUUUCAAGGAGGGGGCAAAGAAGAAGGGCCUCAGAUGAUGAUAGCAGGGUCAGGGUUGGAGAGAGACUUCUUUGGAUGCUCCGGCAUUUAUUGCUUUAAGGUCCUGAUUUUAAUGGAUUUGUCUUUGACAUUACCCUAAUACCCCCCAAAAACCCGUUUGAAUGGAAGGCAGAAAAUGAAUGUUUUAAAUAAAUGUCUCGCUGGCAACCGCGCCUCCCUUACAAAUUCCGAAGUAAAGAGAGAGGAUGCUGCAGAGACCAGGAUCAGUCCUCUGGCGGUCCAGGAGUCAACCCUUGGCCCAUUUGCUGCUGCCCCUCCUCACCACCUGCAACUCUGCACCAGGUCUCCGGGGGGGGGGGGCCUGGCGGUGUCUCCUGAUUCCAGAAGCCCUGGACCCGCCCUGCUUCCAAGACACCCCUAGAGGAUGCGCGCAGGAGGGGAGGCCGGUUACAUAAGCAAAGCCGGAGCUAGGACGCCGGGCAGAUCCGCUCCGUUGUCCCCCCCCCCCCAUUCCCUAUGCAUCGCCCUCCUCCGGUCUCCAGCGCCGCACCUCGCCGGGCCUUCGAGCCGAGCCUCUCCAGCCCCUUCCCUGCACCCGCACCGGCCCUUUUCUGCUGGAAGGGAGCGGGGCGUUUGCCUGCAAGGCUGGCCUUCGCGAGCAGGCUGCUCGGCGCUUUAUUCCUCGGGCGCAACGCAGCAAGGGGGCUGGUUUCCUUUUUUGCCAAGGUCCCGUUGGCGCUGCGGGUCCAGCUGGCCGCUGUGCGGGGUCAGGGCGCAGAGAUGCCGAAGGGAAAGAAUAAGAAUGGGGAUAAAGAUGGAAGCCUGUCCCUUUGCCAGGGAACAAAUCUGGGCGGGCAGGCGCGCUGCAAGACGCAGAAGCUGCUCUGGGGAGGGAAAGGUGAGGAAGGCAGGCAGGUCCCACUUACGUGGCCUGGAUGGCUCCGGGCUUAAUGGCCACCUCGACUUUGUACUUGGCCCCCGUGAGCAGCUUGAUGGUCCGGUUCUGCCCGAACCUCUGGCCGUCCACCUUGAAGUAGACGGGCCCGUCGUUGGGCUGGAUCUUGAGCGAGAUCUUGAUCCGCACCACGGUGGGCACCUCGGCCAUGGCUGCGUCUUUGCGCUCCGCUCCUUCGGCGAGGAUGGAGGCGCCGAGGGAAGAGGAGAGGGAGAAGGAGGGCAGGCUCUCCGCCCGGAUCCCCCUCGCCACGAAUGACGACGGAGGCCCGCUACACCCCCACCCCACCCCCCCCUCCCGCGCGGGUGCGCGCUCGGGUGCGGACGGAAAGAGCGGCGGAGCGGGCGGAGCGCGCGCGCGCGCGCCGCUGGGUCUGUGCGCAACGCGAGGCGCGGAAGUUAAUCCCCGCUGGCCUGAUUCUGGGCCGCCCCCGAGCCAAGCCGGGCCCCUCCCCGCGGACUCGGUCAGACGCGGCCAGCGGAGAAGGGAAACCCCCCGAGCGCCUCGCGGGUGGGGCUGCUCGCUAUUCUUUUUUCCGAAAAUCAGUGCGAAGGGGGGCUCUGGCUCGGAUUUAAUCGCUCCGGGUGGAAACAGCUGUCUGCCGAGCAUCAUCUCUCGGGGUGGCACCACGAAGAAGCUGGACUUUGGGUACCGUAGAUUGAUAGUGGGAAGGGACCCCGAGGGUCAUCUAGUCCAACCCCCUGCAAGGCAGGAAUCUCAACUAGAUCAUACAUCCAGAGGUGGACUUUGGGAAUAUGGUGCCCUGAGCGAGGAUGGCGCCCCCUCCCUAAAUAUUUCUGAUUUUCAACAAUUCACUUCUGUACAGUUGCUUUCUUAGAUCUUCUCAGUAGGUGCCCAAAUAAAUACAGUGGUACCUUGGGUUACAUACACUUCAGGUUACAGACUCCGCUAACCCAGAAAUAGUACCUCGGGUUAAGAACUUUGCUUCAGGAUGAAAACAGAAAUCGUUCUCCAGCGGCGUGGCAGCAGCGGGAGGCCCCAUUAGCUAAAGUGGUGCUUCAGGUUAAGAACAGUUUCAGCUUAAGAACGGACCUCCGGAAUGAAUUAAGUUCUUAACCCGAGGUACCACUGUAUAGGUUUUAUUAUGAUCUUCCAUACUUGCUGGAUGGGUUUUGAUGCUGGGUGUCAUCAAUGUUACUUCUCUCCUUAGGUCCCAGCAAGGUAGUGAGGUCCAGGUGUCUGAAGUUGGUGGUGAUAGACUGGAUGAGGCCUAACAAACUGAAAGUUAAUUCAGAUUGGUUGGUGGGAAGCAAUCUGGUUGAUCUAGGAUCAAGUGCUGAGCCUAUUCUGGAUGGGGUUCCACGCACCCAUCCUUGAAAGAGAAGAUUUGCACCUUGAAGGUGCUUGUGAGUUUGGCUAUUACAGGAUGAACCAAAGGUAGCAGCGGCCAGUAGUUUUGCCUACUACACCAGUUGAAUGAACUUUUAGCCACAGAGAUGCAGACCACAGGAACCUCAAAAUUAGACUACUGCAAUGCAUUCCACAUGGGGCUGCCUUGGAAGAGUGGUCAGGAUGCGCAACUUGUCCAAAAUAUGACAACAAGGUUCUUGAUGGGCUUCUAGUUUGUAUCACACCUAGUCUCACACGUCUGAAUCACUUACCGGCUUGUGUCCAGGCCUUAUUGAAAGUGCUGUUUUGACUUUCAGAGCCUGAAAUGGUCUGGAACCAAGCUAUUGGGGGAAAGGGUGUCUUCUUACAUAUUCCCCUACUUACACCAUCUUGGGUUACUUCCUUUGCUGACCCAUGGACAGUGAGAGCCACAUCACGGGCUUUCUCUGUGGGAUUCCUUUUGUAGGAGGAGGCCUCUGGCUGACCCUUGUGAGUUUUUGAGGGCAGCCAAAGCUUUCACAUUUAGGAAAGCUUUCAUACUGCUGGACAAGAAGAGUCAGUGUGGUGUAGUGGCUAAGAGUGGUGGACUUGUAAUCUGGUGAACCGGGUUUGCUUCCCUGCUCCUCCACAUGCAGCUGCUGGGUGACCUUGGGCUAGUCACACUUCUCUGAAGUCUCUCAGCCUUACUCACCUCACAGAGUGUUUGUUGUGGGGAAGAAAGUGAAAGGAGAAUCUUAGCCGCUUUGAGACUCCUUAGGGUAGUGAUAAAGCGGGAUAUCAAAUCCAAACUCUUCUUCUUCUUCUUCUUUUUGUCUUGUUUUAUCUUGUUUGAUACUAGUGAAUGAUAUGUUACUUGUCAGCUCUGAUCAGCGGCGUAGCGUGGGUUGUCAGCACCCGGGGCAAGGCAAGUAAUUUGCGCCCCCUAACCCCUAACCUGCCGCCGCUGCCAGCUUCUUCUUGCUGCUGCCUGGGCUGGUCUGGUGUGGUUCUCUCCCGCGCUCAGCGCUGCGCUGGGCGGCCGCUGCACUGUCCCUCCCCCAGAUAGUCCCUCGCUCUCUCUCCGCACCGCACGCCUGGCACCCAUCCCCUCCACAGUGGGCGGCGACCCAGCAGCUCGGAUCGGAUUCGCACAGCCAGCACUGCAGUGAGAGAGAGUGAGUGAGCCAGGUAGGGGCAGAGAGCUGCGAGUGCGAGCGCGCCCCCCCAGAUGUUGCGCCCGGUGCGGCCGGCCCCCCCUGCACCCCCCACACUACGCCACUGGCUCUGAUUGUUGUUUUCUUUGUGUAUAAUUUGCCAGCUGCUGCAAGAACCAUGUACUGAGCAUGCAGAAUAUACAUGUUGUGCUCAGGGCCGGGGGUCCCAGUUAUAGAAGAUCUAAGCCAUGGGUAGGCAAACUAAGGCCCGGGGGCCGGAUUCGGCCCAACCGCCUUCUAAAUUUGGCCCACGGACAGUCCUGGAAUCAGCAUGUUUUUACAUGAGUAAUAAUAAUAAUAAUUUUUUUUAUACCCCGCCCUCCCCAGCCAAGGCUGGGCUCAGGGCAGCUAACAAGCAAUAAUAAAAACAAGUUGAAUGAAUACAACUUAAAAACAAGAUUAAAAUACAACAUUAAAAUACUGAAACAGUGAAAUAUUAAAAUGUUAAAAUGCAGCCUCAUCACAGGAGGAGAAAGGAAAAAGAAAGGGGGGGGAAUCAAAUUGUCUCUAAGCCAAAGGCCAGGCGGAACAACUCUGUCUUACAGGCCCUGCGGAAAGAAAUCAGAUCCUGCAGGGCCCUGGUCUCAUGAGGCAGAGCGUUCCACCAGGCCGGAGCCAGUGUUGAAAAGGCCCUGGCUCUGGUUGAAGCCAAUCUAACUUCCUUAGGGCCCGGGACCUCUAGGGUGUUGCUAUUUAUGGACCUUAAGGUCCUCCGUGGGGCAUACCGGGAGAGCUGGUCCCAUAGGUACGAGGGUCCUAGGCCGAGAAGGACUAGCACCUUAAAUCUGACCCUGUACUCCACCGGGAGCCAGUGCAGCUGGAAAAGAACUGGGUGAAUAUGCUCCCAUGGCAGAGACCCCGUGAGGAGCCUCGCUGCAGCAUUCUGCACCCGCUGGAGUUUCUGGGAGUUUCUGAGUAGAAUGUGUCCUUUUAUUUAAAAUGCAUCUCUGGGUGUGGGGCAUAGGAAUACGUUCAAUUCCCCCCCGCGCCCCCCAAUAUAGUCCUGCACUCCACAAGGUCUGAGGGAUAGUGGACCGGCCCCCUGAUCUAAGCCUUCACCAAAGUACUCAUCAGUGUGGGGAGGGUUGCAGAUGCAGCCCAGUCCAAGCAAACCCAGGUCAAGUGCACAUAAUUAGUCUAGGUCCAAACAUGAUCCAGAGACAAGGCCAGGCGACAGUCUAAGGUUAACAUCACAGGGAGGUUAGGCCAGACACAACACCACAAGGCAGGGAAGCCAGCACCAGGAACUAGCUACCAAAGACUUUUCUUUGUUUCCACAAACUGGAAGACUCAGGAGGGGAAGCCUUAUAUACUUUGGGCUCCUAAAUUACACCCUAACCACAACCGCUGCCAGUGAAGGAGUAUUAGGGACUCCGUUACUCAUGAAUAGUUGCAGUUGCUCAAAAGUAGACUGGCCUUGGGUUUGUAGACAGAUACUAUGCCUAGACCUGAUGCUUUUGGGGCAGGCACUCUUGAGGAAGAGGGGCACGUUCCUCCUCUGCCACUUCCAGGGGUUGUUCAUCAGGUAGCAGCCUGGAAGGGGCUCCUCAGGCUUGGCUUUAGCAAGUCCUCAACCUCUGCGAUGUCUGGUUCAUCCUCUGAGGACUCCACGUCUGAUAACUGGUCAGAGUAGUACUGCAAUCCGAAUCCUGUUUACUUGCAAGUAAGCCCCACUAAAUUCAAUGGGUCUUGCUUUUGAGUAGAGAGAGUUGUUCUAUUAGUUUUUAAUUAAAGUCUGAAAGAAAAAAUAGAAAGGUUAAUAUGAAAUGGUCUGGAUGAUAAUUAGCAUUGGUCUCAUCUAGUCCUCUACUGAUUCCUUACCCCAGGACUAGACAACCUGUGGCCCACCAGAUGUCGUUUGACUCCAGUUCCCAUCAGCCCUAGCCUGCAAGGGUAAUGGUCAGGGAAGAUAGGAGACAGUAGUCCAGAGGUGUCCCCCCACCACCACUCCUCAGAUAUUCAACCUGAUUAUGAAACUCACCCACUGAAUCAUACGACAUUUGCCAAAAUCACAAAUACAAUGCACUGUUUUGUCUCAAGCGUUUCAAAUCAUCUAGUCCAGAUGAUGGAUCCUGACAGAUCUUCAUUUGUCAUCUCAAAUUCUUUUACUGAUGUCACUUAAAUCCAUACUGCUAACACUACUGCAGUCUCACAUCACUGGGCUGCUGUAUUCUAUAGUUUAAGUCAUUAUGCAUGCCUGCAGUCUCUGUAUAAUGGCUAAGUAGACAGUGGUACCAGAUUCAGGUAAGUAGCCGUGUUGGUCUGAGGCAGUUUAAAUAAAUAAAAAAUUGUCCAGUAGCAACUUAGAGACCAGAACAAACUUAGCUGGUCUCUAAGGUGCUACUGGACAAUUUUUUAUUUAUUUAGAUAGUGGUAAUUAGUAUAUGGGACGCAGGUGGCGCUGUGGGUUAAACCACAGGGCCUAGGAUUUGCGAAUCAGAAGGUCGGCGGUUCGAAUCCCCGCAACGGGGUGAGCUCCCGUUGCUCGGUCCCUGCUCCUGCCAACCUAGCAGUUCGAAAGCAUGUCAAAGUGCAAGUAGAUAAAUAGGUACCGCUCCGGUGGGAAGGUAAGUGGCGUUUCCGUGCGCUGCUCUGGUUCGCCAGAAGCGGGUUAGUCAUCCUGGCCACAUAACCCGGAAGCUGUACACCGGCUCCCUCGGCCAAUAAAGCGAGAUGAGCGCCGCAACCCCAGAGUCAGACUGGACCAAAUGGUCAGGGGUCCCUUUACCUAAUUAGUAUGUAGGAUUUCGAUGGUUUGAGUUAAAUACAUUUAGAUCUGGCAGGAUUAGUUGAGCAUUCACACAUUUACCAGCUUCUAUGGUGUCAAGUCAUGCUGGCUGACAAGCAGUUAAGGGUGGGUGUUAUGUAUAUUUGGAUGAUACUGCUAGCAUCUUUAUAUAACAGGCCCAUGCCUAAAAUGUAGGCCUUUAUUCUUGCAUUAUUUGUUUCUCAUUUUUUUUAUGUGCUGGAUUUGGGAUUUCAAUCCAGCAUGUCUCUUUCUAAGAUUCAAGCAGAUUUUUAUCUACAGAAUUGACUCUUAAUCUGGUGCCUGGGGAAGUUGUGUUUAUUCUUCUUUGGGGAGUUUCCAGAAAAAUGCUGGACCAGAAUCUACUGCCAGGGAAUCCUUCAGAUGUUGUUGGACUCAGUUUCCAUCAGCCCCAGCCAGAAUGGUUGACAACCGACAACCAGGGAUGAUGGGAGCCCAUCCACAUCUGCAGGGCACCAUGUUGCAUACCCCUGAUCUACCACAAUGUUUCUGUACAGAACCAAUGGCCAACUGGUUCUCUUCAUGCUCUGCUUUGUUGGAAUCCUUUUUCCUGAAUCUGCUCUUUUAAUUUCACAUAAUUAGAAGGAUAGUUUCACAGUACCCUUCAUUUUCUGCAAUCAGCUCACAGGGAAUGAAGGUCAUUUGGAGGACUAGUAAAUCCAUCCUUUACUUUUCCUGUUUCUUGAAGCGCAAAAUGUUAGUAGCAUGCAUCUAUAUUAAUGCUGCCUCAGCACUGGUAGUUUUGAGAGAUGGGACAUGGAACUAAAAAGCAAUCUAUUGUGAAUUGUACAUGAAAAGUGUGCAUGAGAAAGGGGAGUAUCAGCUAUUUUCAAGAGUGGAGUUUACAUAUGUACUGAAUUAUUUCCCCCAAAUUUACCUAAAUUCAGUUUUGGGGUGUUUGGAAAAUCCAUUGUACUGUGUUGAUCAUAAACAGUACAGUUAUGAUGAACUGAGAUAUACCACUUUAUAUCACAUGACGAGAGUGAGAGGAUGGUGAGGAUAUCAUCUUGUAUUGGGGGCUCAUUCUUAAUGCUUGCAAGUAUUACAUUUUUAAGGUCAGGGUUCAUAUUGUAGCACCUGUUACAGCUAGCUACAGCUAUUAUUAUUUGAACUUAUAUUUUAAAUGCAAAGUUAGUAGAUAGAUGAUAGCUAGCUAGCUAGAUAUAGAUAGAUAGAUAGAUAGAUAGAUAGAUAGAUAGAUGAUAGAUAGAUAUAGAUAGAUGGCCAGCCACUUGCACUGGGAAAACAGGGCAAAUUGCUCUUUUACCACUCAUUGAUCAUCCUGACUGUAUAGGCAAAUGGGCAAUUAAGGCUGUACUAAAAAAGUAGGUCAUUUGUGCAGUCAUCCUGAGGACACACCCUUAGAACACUUGUGUAAUCGUAGGUGAGAAAGGCAUCUGGCUGUGUCAUACCAACAGGAUAAAUUGGCCAACAAGGAAAGUUACCAUAAUACAUUGCAAAACAGAUUUGGAGAAUCAAAAGUACAAGGAGCAGGGAGUGAAAAUGCCUGGCAAACAACAAGUGCAAUACUGGUGCUGGCAUGUGAGAAGAGGACUAGAAUUAAAAAAACAGCAAAAAAGGGCUCAUUCCCAUUAUAAAGAUGUUUAACUUAGCUCUAAGUAUGUCUUAGCAAUGUAAAUUAUUGACAUGGGGUUGAAAGUUGCUCCUGUCUAGACACCCAGGGUUCUUUCAGCACCAUAGAUGUGGACAGUUACCAACUAAGAAACUGAUUUACACACUGCUAAAAGACAGCUACUCAAUGUAAACUCCCUCCCCCUAGCUACAGUGGUACCUCAGGUUAAGUACUUAAUUCGUUCCGGAGGUCUGUUCUUAACCUGAAACUGUUCUUAACCUGAAGCAUCACUUUAGCUAAUGGGGCCUCCUGCAACUGCCGCGCCGCCGGAGCACGAUUUCUGUUCUCAUCCCGAAGCAAUGUUCUUAACCUGAAGCACUAUUUCUGGGUUAGCGGAGUGUGUAACCUGAAGUGUAUGUAACCCGAGGUACCACUGUAUUUUAAUUCCUACAGAACCCAAAUCUUGUGAGUCCCAGCUAAUCUAACAUUUCAUUAUCCAAUUGAGGAGUAACAAAUGAUAACACAUUUGUUUCUAUGCAUAGAAACAAGUAGUCAAACUAUUAGCACAACUAAUAGCAGAAGGCAGAAUGCCAGAACAUUGGCUAGCACAUUGGCUAGAAUGAUUAAUCAAUUAGAACUCUCGCUUGAGUGGGGCAUAUCAUGCCUGGGUAAAUUGUGUGGAGCUGAAAAUAUUGAUUUGAAUUUGCUUUUCUCCUAAACAAUAGGCUGGAUCUAUAAUGAGUUUAAAUCCAUUGCCAGCCUUUUAUAUUUAUUCCAUUAGAACAAACAGCUUUAUGUAGACAAAGGGAGAGUGGCAAUUUUCUUUUCUUGUCCUGGGAGUUUUGCAGCAUAAUUUGUUGUUGUUGUUGUUGACCUACUCUUCACUCAAAAAUCCCUGGGUAGGUUGUUGGCAUCCAUAUGUUUUGGGAGACAGUGGAGGAGUGCACUUUUGGGGGUGAAGUCAAAUGGUUGGAAGGUUAUAGAGCCUGCUGUGGCUGUAGAGACCGAUAUGGGAGAGAGAUGUUUUGUUGCAGCUACAGAAGAUGAGAACAGUUUGAGAUAACUUACCAUUACAAAAAUGUUGUGGGUCCUGAAAAUAUAUGUCUUAAGUGUCGAAGACCAGGGUUCAGAAGUGCUUUCAAGGAAAUCUGUGUCGUGAAGGUGACAGAUGCACGACAGUGGAGAGGGAGUUCCACAAAUGAGGUGGUCCUUCAGAGAAUGCCCUCUCCUGGGCCAGUAUCUCCUCAAGCUUCUGAGAGUGGUAGAGCUACUAAGAGCGCUAUCUAUCAUCUAUCUAUCUAUCAUCUAUCUAUCUAUCUAUCUAUCAUCUACCAUCUAUCAUCUAUCUAUCUAUCAUCUAUCUAUCUAUCUAUCUAUCAUCUAUCUAUCUAUCUAUCUAUCUAUCUAUCUAUCUAUCAUCUAUCUAUCAUCUAUCUAUCUAUCUAUCUAUCUAUCUAUCUAUCUAUCUAUCAUCUAUCUAUCUAUCAUCUAUCUAUCUAUCAUCUAUCAUCUAUCUAUCUAUCUAUCUAUCUAUCUAUCUAUCUAUCUAUCAUCUAUAUAUCUAUCAUCUAUCUAUCUAUCUAUCAUCUAUCUAUCUAUCUAUCUAUCUAUCUAUCAUCAUCUAUCUAUCUAUCUAUCUAUCUAUCUAUCUAUCUAUCUAUCAUCUAUCUAUCUAUCAUCUAUCUAUCAUCUAUCUAUAUCUACAGUAUCUAAUCUAUCAUCUAUAACAUCUAUCUAUCGUCUAUCUAUUAUUUACCUCCCUCCCUCCUUAUCUAAAUAACUUUUUAUUGGGUUUGAUAAAUAAGAGUGAUAGGAAUAAUAAAUGAUGUAAAUAAAUAGACCAAGAAUAAAGCUCUUUCUUUUUCAUCUCAUUAAUUAAAUGUGGGCCAAGUUCUAUCAGUGCUGUGGCUUUGUCAUAAUGCUUCAUUGAAGUAAAUUUGGCACUCAAUCCUUGGGAGCCCAACUGCUUUCAGAGCCUUUUUGCUCUCAGUUGUCGUAAGCAUGGGGGGCCACACACACAUUUGCAUAUACUGUGGUUCCUCAGGUUAAGAACUUAAUUUGUUCUGGAGGUCUGUACUUAACCUGAAACUGUUCUUAACCUGAAGUACCACUUUAGCUGAUGGGGCCUCCUGCUGCUGCCACACGAUUUCUGUUCUCAUCCUGAAACAAACUUCUUAACCUGAAGCACUAUUUCUGGGUUAGCGGAGUCUGUAACCUGAAGCGUAUGUAACCUGAAGCGUAUGUAACCCGAGGUACCACUGUAGUGCAUCUUAUGAGCACUUGUUGAGUCACUAUCACAACUGGGUGCCGCUUGAGAAAUAACCAGGCUAGGUCUAAAAUAGAAUGACUGCCCUGUGACUCUCCCCUGCUUGCUUUGGAAAAUAAAAAGCCUGAGAAAAACCCAGGCUUUAAUGAAAGAAAAAAGGACAGCAAUGAAAAUGUUAGAAAAAAAUCUAAUUAAAUCUAGAAAAACUUGUACCUUGGAAAUUUUAUCGCAUAGUUUUCAAUAUUUGGGUUUAGCAGCAGUGGGCGCACGAGACCUCUGUGCUUCUGGGUUGAUUCUUCUCCACCUUUUUACUGUAGCUUGUUAGUCUAAUGCCCUGAAGAUGCUAAUGGACAACACCAUCUUCCUUGACCAUUGGCCAUGUUGGCUGGGUCUGAUGGACGUCCAAGAGCAUCUGCAAGACCACCAGUUCUGCAUCGCUUGUCUAAGCCCUGUUCCUCUCCCCAGCCAGCAGCACCAGUGGUGGGGACACCCACCACCACGAGGAGGGAGAUUGGCAGAGUCCUCCCCUCCUUCAUUCCCAUUGUGUACUCAAAUAACCCAUCAAAGCUCAUCUCUGCUGCUGGUGCUAUGAUUUAAGUAGCUUACCUGAGAAAGUGGGGGGGUUUAAGAAUGCUUUAAACUGGAAUAAUCAUGUUGUACCUAAAUUGCUUCACCCAGCUUGUGGCCAAGAUGAAUGGAAGACAAAGUCUGUGAGUCACUGCUUCAUUUGUUGCCCUGAGUGAGUUUGCACUCUUCUGCAAAGCAUCUAUUUUUGAACAUAUUUGCAAAUCAGGCUCUGUGUAAGUAGUACAUUUUGGGGAGUGGGGUCAGUAGUUGACCUUGAUGGCCUAGGCUCUAGUAAAUGUCAGCUGUCAGGCAAUGCUAGUGUUGCAGGAACCCUUCCCCCAAUCAUUUAGUUUGUACAAACUCGACACACACACACUCACUCACACACGACAUAUGCGAUGUUUCUGUUAUAAAUUCAUAGAAAAUCAACCGUACAUCGGAUCUACACCAUUCCACUUUUAUUUUGCUCCAUGACGAAAGGACUACCAAAGGGGGAAGGUUUGAUACAGGGCAGCCAUAAUCCCUUGAGCGUACCAACACGUACUCAGGAGCCCUACCCAGUUGGCAUGCCAACCGUGAUGGUCCCAGACAGAAGACCAUCAAGGUCACAAAAAAUUUGCAUAUGGGAGUGGAUUCAGCACAGACUGAGACAAAGGACAAUGAUCAGCUCUUCCCUCUGGAGGCAGGAUACUGCAAACUCCCCUUUGUCCACUGGAAAGUACUCAUGGGGAGGGGGAAAGGCAGAACUGGCCAGGUGAGAAGACACUCAGGUUACCACCACAACUCCUCCCUCAACCCCUCCUUUUUGUGAUGUGUCAAUGAUGUAGUCAUGAUGUAGUUGUGAUGUAGUUCUAGGGGUGUAGCUUGGGGGAUUAGUAACUAAUAAAAGUUGAGGUCUCCUUUUGUUCAGGGCUUCCAUCUUGUUUCACCUGGUGGCAGGUGGGAGUCCUGUCGCGACAGUCUUCAAUAAAGACCAAGCCUACUGGCUGCUGUUUUGCUCUGGUAUUCCUGGCUGGUAUCCUUGUUUUUUGUCCAAGGGAGCCCUCAGAUUUCUCCAUUAACACUAGCUGCUAAUGCAAUGCCUGAUCACAACCUUUUUCUAGGGGAAAUCCUCUCACCUUCACCUUGCCUUGAACCAUAAGAAUGAGCAAGUCAAUUUUUACCAUGCAACAGGGAGGACCUUAGCUCAGUGGUAGAGCACGUGAUUUGCAUGCCAAAAGUCUCAGUUUAAACCCACAGCAUCCACAGGUCGGACAGGGAAAGACCCCUGCCUGAAACUUUGGACAGCUGCUGGCAGUCAGUGUUGACAAUAUGGAGCCAGCUGGACCAAUGUGUUCUCUAUACAAGAGAACUUUCUAUGCUCCUAAGAUUGCCACCAGAAUCUGGCUCUGUUGCACCCUAUUGCAUUGGCUUUAUGUCCCUACUGUAGCCUUAUUAGACUUUACCGAUUGGUGGGCUCUGCGUUGCUCCCGGACGGGAGGAAGGAAGUCAAAUGACACCAAGGGUUGGUUCAGAGAAGGAGUUCUUUAUUUCUGCUCUCCGGAGCAGCAGAAAGGCACUUGCGUGGUCAGUCCACAGCAAGUCCAAAGAAAUGAGAGAUUUCAUGCAGUAUAUAUAUCCUCCAGGCACCCUCUCCCCCCUUCUCCAGGAAUCCAGCUACGUCAGCUUGCACACGCAGGUUGACAUCACAGAUGUUCCUGCUCCAGUACUCUUAACCAUUAAAGGGUUUUCCUUCCUGUACUUCUGACCAUAAAAGGAUAUUCCUGUUCCUAUACUCUUAUCUUGGAGCAAGAGGUCACCAACUCCAAGAACACACUCUGGUGCUGUUCCCGGACUAGGUCUGUGCGUCAGAGUGUGGUAAGGUAAGACCCGGACAUGUCAUCCCUACUCCACUGGAACAGCCAAGGUCGUCCAUUGCCAUGACUGAUAAGGGAGAGAGCUUUGUUUAUACAGCUGUGUUCUUGUUAUGCAUUUUGCUCAACAGCUCAAGUUAAUGCAUUUUAGAAAUGCUCCCUUGGAGAUAGAAGAAAAGGGGGUUUUGGGGUCCGUUUCAAACUGACUACACAGAAACCCAUUCCUUCACUACUGCAUUCUGACUUCUCCAUAUUCAUGUGUGCGCAUGGCGGGGAAUGUGAGACUCGUAGAAAUGUUAGUUUCUUAACUAGCACACUGUCUUUUGAGGCAGCAAAACUGCAUCUGCUCCAGAGCCACAACCAAAGAGCUGGGCUUACAUGUCACCUCCCUGACUAUGCGACCUCAUGUGCAGCAAGGCAAGCAAUACAUUCAACGCAACCCUUUAGCUUGGCUCUGGAGCAUAUUACGUUUUUCUGUUUUCUGCCUUUCUCAGCUUGUGGCCACCCAGAUGUGAUUGCCAGAGUAUCUGGAACAGUGAGGGAAAACUGGGAAAUGUGUCUGUUGUGUGCAUUUGUUUAGACUCAUUUGGUUUGGGAAGGCUUCAGCGCUUUAAUUAGUGGAAUGAAGCUGAAAGUCUGCUCUUCUCUAAAAAUAACAUCCUGUGAAAUUUAUGUUGCAGACUAUGAGCUCAGUUGUGGCAUUGUGGGGUGUGUGUUUUUUAUUAGCUCAUUUCAUACCUUUUGGGAUUUUUCUCCUGCUUAGAGAAACAACUGGGUUUUUUUAUAGCCUUAACAGAACCAGCGGCUAUGUAGAUUUGUUACCCUCUUAUUAUAAUUCUGGCAAACAGCUUUUGACUCUGCUCUUCUCUGCUUGCUUAACAGUCUAUGGACAGGUGGAGUCAAAUCAGCACCAGAUUUAGGGUGGUGCAAGGAGUUCCGCCAGCACACAGGGUGCCAAGCUGAGGGGGUGCAAAGUAAUAAUAAUAAUAAUAAAUUUUGUUCUUCAGUCGUUUAGUCAUGUCCGACUCUUCGUGACCCCCUGGACCAGAGCACGCCAGGCACUUCUGUCUUCCACUGCCUCCCGCAGUUUGGUCAAACUCAUGCUGGUAGCUUCGAGAACACUGUCCCACCAUCUCAUGCUCUGUUGUCCCCUUUAUGGUCUUUAUGGUCCAGCUCUCACUUCCAUACAUCACUACUGGGAAAACCAUAGCUUUAAAUAUACAGACCUUUGUCAGCAAGGUGAUGAUGUCUCUGCUUUUUAAGAUGCUGUCUAGGUUUAUCAUUGCUUUUCUCCCAAGAAGCAGACGUCUUUUAAUUUUGUGACUGCUAUCACCAUCUGCAGUAAUCAUGGAACCUAAGAAGGUAAAAUCUCUCACUGCCUCCAUUUCUUCCCCUUCUGUUUGCCGGGAGGUGAUGGGACCAGUGGCCAUGAUCUUAGUUUUUUUGAUGUUGAGCUUUGGACCAUAUUUUGCACUCUCCUCUUUCACCCUCAGUAAGAGGUUCUUUAAUUCCUCCUCACUUUCUGCCAUCAAGGUUGUGCCAUCUGUAUAUCUGAGGUUGUUGAUAUUUCUUCCAGCAAUCUUAAUUCUGGCUUCGGAUUCAUCCAGUCCAGCCUUUCACAUGAUGAAUUCUGCAUAUAAGUUAAAUAAGCAGGAAGACAAUAUACAGCCUUGUUGUACUCCAUUCCCAAUUUUGAACCAAUCAGUUGUUCCAUAUCCAGUUCUAACUGUAGCUUCUUGUCCCACAUAGAGAUUUCUCAGGAGACAGAUGUGGUGAUCAGGCUCACUCCCAUUUCUUUAAGAACUUGCCAUAGUUUGCUGUGGUCAACACAGUCAAAGGCUUUUGCAUAGUCAAUGAAGCAGAAGUAGAUGUCUUUCUGGAACUCUCUGGCUUUCUUAAUAAUAAUAAUAAUAAUAAUAAUAAUAAUAAUACCACCUAUAUUUAUAUGGUACAUUCUGAGGAGAUCUCUAAAAAACAAGUGUACCAAAAUGAAUUAUUGUGAAAAUAAGAAAUAAUGAAGGGUGGGGCACCAAAUUUUGUCCUUACCCAGGGCACUGUAUUACCAAAGUCUGCCCAUGGUCAAAUGCACCCCAACAGCACUGAGAGAAAAAUCUUUAGACAUUUUUUUUCUGGUCAACUGGCUACCCUAAGGUUGAAUGCAUAUCAAACCUCUAGCAAGAUUAGGAUGCACAUAUAUGAGGGCUUUUCCUAGUGGGAAAAAUAACAAUUCAAAUUUGCUAUAAGAUGUGAAAUUUAUCCAGGGCUUUAAGAAACAGUAUAUGCAGCAAGAUAAUCCGUAGGUGUUCAAAGAUGGGUUUAAAUACUCUAGGGCUGCCAUAUGUCCGGAUUUUCCCUCUAUUUACAGAAAUAUUGUAAAAUUAAGGAAUUUUAGAAGGAUGUUGGAUAGAAACUAAGUGAUUUCUAGCUGUAAUGCUUUAAGAGAUACGAAAAAAGGUUUUAUAAAUGGGUAAAAGCUUAAUGGUAAGGACUUGCUGAACUAACAAACUGAACUGGAAUACAAAAAAGGGAGGUACGAGGAGGUCCGGGGAAAUAAGUGAAAGGAGGAUAUGUUAUGGAAAACUAACGAUGUGUUUUUAAUUGUUUUUAUUUUGUAUGUUUCCUUUUAUUUUUAUUUUUAUUUUUUGCUAUAUCUUAAAAACUUUAUCCUUUUUUCUGUAUUUUGUAUUUUCUUCUAUUUUUAUUUUCUGUUUUUGUAUUUUUUGAAACUUUAAUAAAUAUUAUUUUUUUUAAAAAAAAAAGAUUUCCCCAGACAUUACUGGGAUUUCAAAGGCAGAAAUGACGUCUGGGGGGGAUUUCUGAAAGGUAGCACUUUGUCCUGGAUCUUAGGCAAGUCAAUAAAAAACGUUUUUUGGCACUUUUCUAAAAAAGGGGGGGAGGGGAAAAAAUUAAGAACCUCAACAAUUUUCAGGGUGCCCUGGUUUUUACUUUUUGAAAUAUGGCAACGCUAAAAUACUUGUAUGUCUGAACCUGAGCUGUAGUAGGAGAGUCUGUUACAACCUUGCUUCCCAUCUACCAGUUUAGCUGAAACUUUAGCAGUCUAGUGUCACAUUUGACUACAAUGAAAGAAAAGGCGGCCGUCACACAAACGUAUUCCAAAAUAGGUACAUCCAUAGAAACAAACAUUUUAUAAAUAUCUCCGGUUGCUUCUAGUACCAGAAGGGGGCGCGUCUAUAACUGAGAAAAACAGCCGAGUAGACUAUGGUGAAGUAAGCAAGCAAUUUUUAAAUCUUACCAGGAACAGUGAUUUUUAAAAACCCCAAAAAACCUGGGAUUAAAAAAGUUAAAGGAAAUGGAAAUUUGGUUUUUAAGAGGUAAAAAUUUAAUGUUAUAUUAUAUUAAGAUUAAGGAUUGGGAUUAAAAAAGAGGGAAAGAAACUGCUGGACAAACAAAUUGAAAUGGAAUACAAAAGAGGGAGGUAUGAGGAGGUCCAGAAAAUAAGUAAAUUUAAAAAUGGUGAUGAAAAGGUGGUAUUGUUUUUAACUGUUUUCUUUUUUGUCUUUUUUUUUUUUUGGAUUAUGUAUUGUGUAUUUUUGAAUUGUGUAUUUUUCUUUUUUCUUUUUAAUUUUUUUAUUGAUGUGUUCUUUUUAUUGGAAAUCUUAAUAAAUAUCAUUAAAAAAAAAAAACCCAAAAAACCUGCAGUAACUAUACCACUCUUAUGCAGCUAUUGCAGGGCACCCUGACAUCUUUCCUCAGCCCUUGCGAGGAUAUUGAGUUGUUCAAGGACUGAAUGUCUUGUGGUUUGUCCCUGGGAAAAUAUGCCCUAUGGCUAACACAUUCAUUUCAGUUGUGAAUAUGACUGGAGUUCUACCACUGGAUUGUGUCUGUGGCAAUAAAUCCUUCUCCCAUUGCACACUAUUCUGACCUGUAUGUUAUAUAUGCUUUUUAAAAGCAGUGAAUUCUAGCAGAGCUCUCCUUCUGUAGUAAUGCUUCAUCUUUGGGGUUUAUUUAGUCUUUUAUAUAGAACAGGGCUGGAGAAACUUGUGGUCCCACCAGGAUUUUUUUAGCUACAGGUCCUACCAUACCUUUCUGUUGGCCAUGCUGGAGUCCAGUAACAUCUGGAGGCUCCCCACAUCUGGGUGUUCAAAAUGCCUCAGAUGCCUUAUUCUAUUGUGAUCCUGACCGCAACCCUCAAAGAGCAGAUGUUCCACUCUGCUGUUAUUGUAUUAUGUAUGUGUUGUCAUACCUGCGUGAUUCUUUAUUAGAGAAUUUGUAUAUCACCCUUGAUAAAUUCCAGGGUGGUUUAUAAUACAGUGGUACCUCGGGUUACAGACGCUUCAGGUUACAGAUGUUUCAGGAUACAGACUCCACUAACCCAGAAAUAGUACCUUGGGUUAAGAAGUUUGCUUCAGGAUGAGAAGAAAAAUCGUGCUCCAGCGGCAGUGGGAGGCCCCAUUAGCUAAAGUGGUGCUUCAGGUUAAGAACAGUUUUAGGUUAAGAAUGGACCUCCAGAACGAAUAAAGUUCUUAACCUGAGGUUACCACUGUACACAAUUUAAACACAAUGUGAAAACUAAAGCAAACAUACCACAGUCAGUGUUGUUACCCCCACAUUUCAGAGAGGGAGCUCCUCUAAGUGGUGUACAUGGAAUGCAAGACAAUGAAAAGAGGUUAAAAUGAUAAUAUCAGAAUUGAGUUAACAUGCCUGCUGGCACUGGAAUUUCAACAGGGGUGGGGACAGCCUGACCUCAUACGGGAGGGAGUCCCGCAAAUUUGGGCCCACAAUAGUGAAUGCAUGAUUCCUGGUGAACUUGAGCCGUGUGUCCACGCCAUAGGAGACUGCUAACAGUGAUGCCCUCAGAGACCUUGGUGAUCAGGCAGGGACACCAGGCAGACCUUGACAUAACCUGGACCCAAAACACCCACCCACCCCACUCACACAUGAAAACAAAGAUCACCACAGCCAAUCACAAACAAACAACCACACCCUAGGCCAACCACAAGCUCUCUCACCACCAAAGAAACACAGAUGAACAGCAGAGAACCUGCACGAGCAACACUGACACCAAACCCUACAUACAUUAAGCAAAAUAGAAACAUCGCCACCCGACCCCACCCCCACCCAUCUUCCCCCCCCCUCCACCCCUUUUUCCUCUCUAAUGUCUCAACAAAUGAAACUGAUUUGUAAAAAUGUUACAUGGAAAAAAUACGAGAGACAUUACACAUACUUCUGUAAAAUCUUUAAUAAUAAUUAAAAGAAUAACCUGGACCGAAGUUGUUAAGGACUUUCAACCUUGAACUCCACCUAUCAGCAUAUGGGCAGGGGGAAAGAUGGCUUAUAACCAUUGCUAUCCAAAGAUGAUGGAUGGAACAGGCAACAGAGCUUGCUGACUAAACCUCAGUUGGUGACCAGAGUUAUCCGGGGAGAAUCCUACCUCAAUAUUCUUUAUCCUAAACAAAGCUGAAAAGAUGUGUUGUGAUACCAUUGCUGCCGGGUCAUUGUCCUUAGGAGAACUUCAUUGUUUUUGUCUGGGUCAAAUAUCCCAGGCUGCCACUCCACAAGAGCACCUCUUAAAAUGUGUACUCACUUAAUUUAACAAGAGAAGCUCUGUUCUCUGAGACUUCUGGAAAAAGAAAAUACAUUGGUGGUUAUUUCCCCCACCCAGUUUGUGCUAAGAGCUCAGUGUAAACAAUGUUAUUAUUAGUUUAUACUGUAUUUUUAAAAGUUCUUAACUUACCAUGUACACAUGAUUCUGCAUUUCCUUCUUCCGGAAGAGGAAAUGAGCCUGCUUUCAUGUGAUUAACAAGCAGAGGGAUUUGCGAAAGUGACAGCUGUAUAAAUGCAGCUGGCGAAACCUUUGCAUUGUCAGAUGUGUUUGAAUUCUGCUGGAGCAGAAGGAGCAGCGCAGAGAUGGAACCCGAGCGAGAACCCAGGCGUAUCAGGGAAGGAUACCUCGUCAAGAAGGUACGUGCGAACCAUUUUGGACAAAAGCUGUGGGAGGGCAGUGCUUGAUCUGAGCAAACUGGAAUGCCGAGUUGACUAUGCUUGAGCUUGUGAACCUCAGAGCUAUAACUCUCAGGCAGAAGGACAGGGCACAUACGUAGAACAUAAAAGCCUUCGUUAAUCUCGGUAAUAUUUAUGUUUGAAAUAUAGAGUGCCUUUUGUUUUCUGUGAGCAUGCAAUGGCAAGCGAGGCAGAGGGACAGGACAGACAUGCCUCUUCCACAAUAGCUCGGUUGGUAGAGCAUGAGACACUUCACCUCACGUGAAGUGAGGUUCAAGCCCCAUGUUGGGCAAAAGAUUCCUUCAUUUCAGGGCGUUGGACUAGAUGGCCCUCGUGGUCCCUUCCAACGCUACAAUUCUAUGGGUCUAUGUAUGAAAUUAUGCCUGUUGUGGAGAAAUUGGAUAGAGAGACAUCAUAAUCCAAGAAUAUGGGUUAGCCAAAAAAGCUGGCAUCAGCUGGUGAAGGGCAGGUUUUAAGUACAAAUAAUAAAUAUUUAUUUGAUGAUGCUGGAUGAGACCACAGAAGACUGUGAUAUUAAAGCAAGUGAUCUUUCUCUCUAAACCAAUGAGAAUCCUCCGGGGUAAUUGACACCCACAUCCCACAACACAGGAUUGAUGGAAUGUUUGAUGAGUAGGAAAACCCUACAAGGAAAUGCCCAGACCACAAGACCAACUAAGAUGGCAAGGGAGGAACCAAAAGAGGCUUCUUGUGUGCUGAUAAGGAACUUGCCAAAGCAGAAGCUUUUCUGUUGGGGAAUUCUAAGUGCCACAAACAAGAACAAAAGAGUUGGCACUUCAUCUUUGCCUAAAGUUUAUUUUGGACAUUUAUACCCUACUUUUCUGGGGCAAUUCAUAUGAAUUAAUGCCGAGGGCCUUCUGGCGGUUCCCUCGCUGUGAGAAGCCAAGUUACAGGGAACCAGGCUGAGGGCCUUCUUGGUAGUGGCACCCACCCUGUGAAACGCCCUCCCACCAGAUGUCAAAAAGAAAAACAACUACCAAACUUUUAGAAGACAUCUGAAGGCAGCCCUGUUUAGGGAAGCUUUUAAUGUUUAAUAGGUUAUUGUAUUUUAGUGUUUUGUUGGAAGCCGCCCAGAGUGGCUGGGGAAACCCAGCCAGAUGGGCGGGGUAUAAAUCAUAAAUUAUUCUUAUUCUUCUUAUUCUUCUUAUUCUUCUUCUUAUUAUUAUUAAAAACAAACUUAACAAGAAAACAGCAGUGUCAUAACACAGUGUUAUAAACACCAUUGUCAACAGCAGACAAAAGACAUAUCAAAGGCUCAAAUAAAAAAAUGCCCACUGGAUUGAAUUAGUCUUAAAAGCAGGAGAAGGCAUGGGGCCUCUUUUCACAGGCUAUUCCAUAGUUUAGGUGCCACAACUGAAAAGACCUCUCUUUAGCUGGUGAAGGGGAAACCAGAAGGGCCUCAGAAUCAAGCAGAUUCAUAUGGAAGGGUCUAGGGUAGAAUGUGGCCCUCCUAGCAUCUCUAUCUGGCCCUUUGGACUCUCUCCAGGCCACUGCCCUCAGCAGCCAUGCUCCACAUGCUUUUGCCUGGCUGGAAUGUGCUCUUUCCCUGCAAUAAUGCCUCUUGCUUGCCUGAAUGAAGUUAUGCGUGUGUGUGUGUGUGUGUGUGUGUGUGUGUAUACUUCUGACUUUUACAUGGCUAGAAUGUAGUCAGCUAUAUAAUAAUAAUAAUAAUAAUAAUUUAUUAUUUGUACCCUGCCCAUCUGGCUGAGUUUCCCCAGCCACUCUGGGCGGCUUCCACAGAGACCAAAAAUACACUAAAAUGUCACACAUUAAAAGCUUCCCUGAACAGGGCUGCCUUAAGAUGUCUUCUGAAUGUCAGGUAGUUGUUUAUCGCUUUGACAUCUGAUGGGAGGGUGUUCCACAGGGCGGGCGCCGAGAAGGCCCUCUGCCUGGUUCCCUGUAGCUUUGCUUCUCGCAAUGAGGGAACCGCCAGAAGGCCCUUGGCGCUGGACCUCAGUGUCUGGGCUGAACGAUGGGGGUGGAGACACUCCUUACAAAGGUAAGAAAUGAAUUUAGGGAAUACACAAAGCAAAACACAGCCAUUCUUCCAGAUUCACACUUCUCUGAAUUUUGCCACUUCCCUAGCCAAGAAAUAUAUGAGGGUUAAAUGUGGAUAAAAAUACAUAUAACAAUAAUAUUAACAUACAGAAAUGCAUUACAUUCAGGGAGAGUGUUUUGCAAAAAAUAUAUGUGUUAGUAAUUCCACAUACCAAAAAAACUUUUUUUACUGGGAGAAAUUAGCACUAAAAUGUGAGCAAGUCUUCACGGGAAUUUAGAAAGAUAAAUAUCUGCACAUUCCUGCAGAAAUGACAUGAACCUAAGUUGGAAAAAUGAGAUGCAAAUGAACCCAAAUCAAUAGAUCUAUCUGGGGCUGGGUUAUGACAACAGAUGUGGGGAGGCUUUCUCAUCUGGGGCAUGCUGGCCAUGGGCUUGACUUACCAGCAGAAUAUAUGUGGUGCAGCUCUCAGGAUUCAACAGGUGGGGCAGCUGGGAGUAGCCGUUGUGUUUAGGCAUGUGGUGUAACAGACUCAAAGGAAAGGAGAAGUGGUAUUUUGGGGAAGUUGCCCAGAGGCCACACUUCUAGUUUUCUAUCUCUUCCCCUCCUAAAAAAAGAAAAGAAAAGAAGUAUUAUUCAUUUGAGAAUAAUAUUCAGGGAACUUCUGUCUUGGCUCUGUUCUUUGAUUGAUGAAAGAGUCGGCAACAAUGGGUUAAAACAAAAGCACAUGGGGGGGGUUGUAGAUGCAAAAGAGACUAGGUCUCCUGCUUCUUUACUAAUUGCAUAGGAAUUUCAGCAAGUGUAGCUCUGCGUCUAUAUAAUUAUUUAAGUUACAGGAGCUCUGUCCUCUUUUCCAUCUGACUAACCUACUACACCAUAGGAAGUGAAACCAAUCCCUCCCUCCCCUACAUGAACUCAGUUUGGGUUCCAGGGGUUGGGGUUUCCAAAGCCAAACUUCUUCCAGCUGGCCUUAGAAAUAUUACUGCAAGCUCCAGGCCUGCGUGCCAGGAAGAGAAAGCCCUAGUCAUUUGAUUAUCAGUUCUAGAGAGCACAGUUUGUCUCUCCUGUACAUCACAACCUAUGAAGCCCUACAAGCUUUUCAGAAAUGAAAUCUCCCAUUAAUUAUUUCCAAGCCAGAGCCUACGAGUCUCUUUUGGGAUGGUGCACAAUGCGUAUGAGGAUAGAACUUUGGGAGCAAUUCCGAAGUAGAGAGUAGCCACGAUUUCAAUGUAGAAAAUCAGACUCUACAUGAAAUAGGACAACAUUGCCAUUAUAAGCCGUAAGGUAUCACAGAAGGCAGCAAAGAUUCUCUGGCCUCCGUGCACAAAGAACAGACAUCCCAUACAUGUAAGAAGAUCAGACGCAGCAUCAUUUGAGUCACUGUGGGAGAUCUGAAAUGGCAGCUGCCUUGCCUUGGUCAUGGUGCUGCCGCUGAAGCAAAAAGCUGCCUGUCAGCUAAUAUAAACUGCUUUGCCAAGAUGUGCCUGCAAAUCUCCAGAUGUCCCUGACCCUAACCAGGACCGGCCUAGUGGUUUGCAUUGCGAAGCCUUACAGUAUGAAUAGGUAACAACAGCAAGCUACGGAGAAAGCAAUUAACGGUAUACAGUGGACCUCUGAAGCUAUAACCCUAUAUAGUGGUACCUCAGGUUAAGUACUUAAUUCGUUCCGGAGGUCCGUUCUUAACCUGAAACUGUUCUUAAUCUGAGGUACCACUUUAGCUAAUGGGGCCUCCUGCUGCCGCUGCACUGCUGCUGUGCUAUUUCUGUUCUCAUCCUGAAGCAAAGUUCUUAACCCGAGGUACUAUUUCUGGGUUAGCGGAGUCUGUAACCUAAAGCGUAUGUAACCUGAAGUGUAUGUAACCCGAGGUACAACUGUACUGAGUUACUUGGGACUCAAGGAAGCUCAGUGUAAGUCCGUGGGCUGUAAAUCUGAGUGUGUGACCAGGGGACAGAAUCUCAAACCCAGGGUUGAAUGCAACCUCUCUACUAGUCCUCAGAAUUGCACUACAUGUCACAAACAGCAUACAUAUUGUAACGAAAGAGAAUGCUUCUCGCUUUCACACGGGACAGCACCUUGUGGUUUUCUCAGCUUCUUCAGUUGAGAAGUGCUGGGGAAACUACAUGAUUUCCCUGUUAAGUUUUGCUUCUUAAUCUCAUGUGAGUACAAUUAUGAAGCACUUUCUUGAAUGGUUAUGUCUCAUGUUUCAGGGCGUUGCCCUGGCACUGAAAACGGAUUCUGGGCUCAACUUUUACCGUGAGCACAGCCCUUUGUGUUAACUUAACUCCUUCUAUCCAAAGCGACUUUCCUUUUCUUUUUCUUUCUAAUGUGUUUUUAUUAAAAGUGCAUACCGUCUCUCUGUUUCCAAUCACAGAGUCCUUCAUGCAGGUCAGUUACAUUCAGUGUGACAUUACUGGCCAACGUAAAUGAGCAGUCAUCAUUCAAAGGCUGUCGUGCUGGUCCCUGAGCCUUAUAGCGCCCUCUCUGCCCCUUCCACUUCUCUCUGCUUUCUGCCUCCCAUCCCAUCCCCUGGAGCAACCUUGACCUGAGCAAGCAAUGACAUCCUUCUGUGGUGUGUACAGAGCUUCUGAACUGAGGCAACAUUAGGCCUUCAAACCAUGAUUGAAUCAAAUAAUUCAGAAACCCCAGUAUGGGCAGCAAUUAAUUAAAGCUUUGUGGGUCUGGUUUUAGAGACCUCUUCUUUUCAACUGCUUUAUGUUGUAGUGCAAUCCUGCUGGCCACUACUUACAGGUACACAAUAGAUCAUAUAUAUGUUAUUUUCCUAAUCACAAAUUACCAGCCUCUGUCGACUAAUCAGGGACAUCUUGUUUUUAAAACCCUGUCCUAAAGCCAUACAGCUGAACACGCCUGCUUUCUUAAUAUAUCGGUAUGUUAGUUUUUGCUUAUUGGAGAAACCUCAAAACAGCCAGUAUAGUGUGAGAAUUAAGUAACCAAGCUAGUUGCUUCACACUUUAUACAGAACUGCGAAAUUGCAAGUCACCACUAAAUGCUGUUCUAACCUAACCACUGUUCCAUAAUGCUCAGCACUCCUUUUCCCUUAACCCCCUGCUCCCCUAUUAUUUUUCAGACUACCGCAGAGAUCACAUGGCAUUUGAUACAAAAAUUAUAUUGUCUAAGGUGUUUGUACUGUAUAUCGGGUCAGUCAAAUUCCUCUCCCAGCUCUAGGAAUAGGCACAAUUUACUUAGUUAUUUAAUUUGCAUCUUGCUCUUCUUCCCAGAGGAGCCCAGUGCAGCAAACAUCAAAAUUUUUAAGAGUAAGGCAUUCUUCCAGAAUGGCAGCUGGAAAAAGGAGAGGACUUCUGCAGGAACCCAAACCUCUAUUGUGUCUGUGCCUGCUGUAUACUCCUUUCAUUUCAUUAAAAGGUGGAAUACGCACCUAAGGACAGAUCAACCCCAUAUAUACAAAGCACAUUUGAUGUACAUUUAAAGCAUCAGCGUUAAAGGUCAGCGUUUUGAUUUGGAUUUCGGCAUCAAUGUCAGCCCUUGUGAAAAGAUAAGUGCCCAAUGGUUCCCAAGCAGUUAUCUUUUCACACGGGCUGACAUUGAUGCUGAAAUCUAGCAUCGCCUGAGCUCUGCGAGUACAGCUUUCUCCCGAUUGAAGUGCAGAGUGUUUGAGGUCCGGGACAUUCGCAGGGAAACCAAAAUGCUUGUUUCCAAAGCUAUUGUACUACCAACCUUACUGCAUGCUUGUGAAACAUGGACCGCUUAUAAACGCCAUCUCCGACUCCUUGAAAGUAUCCAUCAAUGGUGUCUCCAAAAUUUUUUACACAUCACUUGGGAAGACAGGUGAACUAAUACCAGUGUACUGGAAAAUGCAAAGAUCACCAGUGUUGAAGCAAUGAUUCUUUCAACAUCAACUUUGUUGGACUGGUCAUGUUGUUCAGAUGCCUGAUGAUCGUCUUCCAAAGCAACUACUCUAUUCUGAACUUAAAAAUGGAAAGCGUAAUGCUGGUGGUCAACAAAAGUGGGUUAAAGACUCUCUCAAGGCAAAUCUUUAAAAAAUGUAGUAUAAACACCGACAAUUGGAAAACACUGGCAUGCGAGCCAAUUGGAGAACAGCCUUUACCAAAGGUGUUGUGCUCAAACUCAGGAUGAAAGGGAGGAAGACAUGUUGUGUAAGGAUGUGUGGAUCCAGAAUUGGCCUCCACAGUCACUUACAGACUCACUGUUAAAACCAUGUUCAUGGAAGACCAUCUUACUCGGAUAUGAGUGAUUGCCAAAGAAGAAGAAGCUUGGGAACCAUUGGGUUCCACGACAGAAGAAAGGAACGAUCUAAAUGGCAGGGGGUUGGACUCGAUGGCCCUUGUGGUCUCUUCCAACUCUAUGAUUCUAUGAAAUGUAUGGGUGGGGAAAUGAAUAAAUAACCCUAAUACUGUAUGUUACAUUGUUUUUAGAAUCUCCUUGUGACUUUGGGGAUUGAUAGGUGCUUGACAUGUUUUGGGUAAAUAAGGAUUUAUUUAGAUGCAACUUCAUGAAAAAUGCUUUCAUUGGCAUUGUCACAGGAUGCAUAGAUAAUUUUGCCUUAAACUUGUUUGCAUACAGGGUAGCAUGUUUAACACCUGGAAACCCAUGUGGGUAGUCUUGUUAGAAGACGGAAUUGAAUACUUUAAGAAGAAGACAGACAACAGCCCUAAAGGAAUGAUUCCUCUGAAGGGAAGCACCUUCACAAGUCCCUGCCAGGAUUUUGGUAAAAGAAUGGUGAGUAUGCAUGUUUUCUGAAGUACACUGAAGAAAGCAGGCAGGAAGGUGGGGGGUUUAAGCUAUGGAUUAGGUUUUUUCCACUGUAGUUAAGAUAUUGUCAGAUCUUGCUGGCUGCAUAAGCUGAUACUAGCCUUCCUAGUGUUUAGAGAGGAUGCCAUGCAAAUUCAGCCCAGCAAAAUGCUAAGACAGGGUGGGGAACCAGACGAUUUUGGACUCAAACACCUAUCAGCUUCAGCCAGCACGGCCAACGGUCAGGGAUGAUGGGAGCUGUAGUCCACCAACACCUGGAAAGCUGUUGGCUUCCCCAGCCCUGUUCUAAGAAAACAAUGCUGGUUGUUUUCUUUCUAAGGAUAGACUCAGGGCUUAUUCCAUUUGCCCUGCCUCUUUCCCCUGGGGUAACCCAGUCAGAACAAGUAGCCUUUGGGUUUUUCAUGGACUGCUGUUCCAGUUUUGUGGUGGGACAAUGGCAAAAUCACUUGGACCUGUGGCUAGAAAGAUGGGGAAAGCAGAAAACCAAAGCAUGGGAUGAGCGGAAGGGUGGACGAGCCCUUGCUUGACAGAUUUUUAUUGUUAUGGGAAUUUAUAUGAAACAGAGUUGUUAAGGUCCAGCAUGCAUCUUGACUAUACUUUGACAGUGCAGUUCUUCACACAGAUAAAGAACUGGGGACUAUUGAUAUUGUGGUGAGACAGCUUCUCUGUCUCCGAAAAACUCACAUAUCUGAGUAAGGGGCAGUAGGAAUUGUUGGCUGGAACUAAUGCUCUUCAGUUAGGAGGAACAGCAGUCUGAGCAUGUAACUGUUGCUGAACUGUAUGGGACCAUUUCUUUCCAAAUCAAUAUGUACAAGAUCAGACUGUGCUAGUCUUCCAAGAUUGGGGCAAAUUGAUUCAGUGUUUCCACCCCUGGAACACUGUAGUAGUCUGAGUGCUCGGUGCCUUUCUUAGAUAUCCGUCUGGGCAGAGAAGUCAGAAAGAUGAUUAGACCACUGCAGUUUUCCAGAAAGGGCAACAUGAGAGCAAUAGUUUAAAAUAGUCCUACUUUGGAAAGCAUGCAUGUGUUCCCAAGUCCCUUUCAGUUCAAACGGUUGUAUCCAACUUAGAACAAACCCAUGAAAAUGAAUGAACCUAACCAAGUCAUUUCCAUUAACUUCAAUGGGUCUACUCUGAGCACUCCUUGGAUACAACCCUAUUUUCUUCAAUAGUGUGUGGACUGUGCUAAUUCCCUAGCCUAAGAUAAAUUAGAUACCCAGCUUUUGCUAUGUUGUGUCUUUGUGUAUAAACAAUAAAUCAGCAUGAAUGUUUCCUGGUUAUUUCUGUAUUGCAUGAUCAAACCAAGGUUGCAGGUUUGAUGGGACAGCUGCAUAUUCCUGCAAUAUAGGGGGUUAGAGAUGAUCCUAAGAGUCCUUUCCAACUCUACAAUUCUAUGAUUCUAAGAGCAGAUAAUGGUGUAAAAAUUCUAUUCUGUUCCAUACUACUUUACACUUCCUUCCCAGCUUGCCCAGUUUAAGCAGUUUAUACUGCUGUAUUUAGGCUGCAAUUCUAUACAAACUAAGGGACGCGGGUGGUGCUGUGGGUUAAAGCACAGAGCCUAGGACUUGCAGAUCAGAAGGUCGGCAGUUCGAAUCCUCGCGACGGUGUGAGCUCCCGUUGCUCGGUCCCAGCUCCUGCCAACCUAGCAGUUCGAAAGCAUGUCAAAGUGCAAGUAGAUAAGUAGGGGUCCCUUUACCUCUAUACAUACUUACCUGGGCAUAUGCGCCAUUGAUCUUGGUGGGAAUUACUUCUGAGUAGGCAAGAACAUGCUUGUUCUGUUCGUUGCUUGUUAAUAUAAGCUGUGCUACCAAAUAUAUGUAAGCUGCACACACACUGUACCUUUAGAGCACAUUAUUUCUCUCAGAGAAUUCUGAGCAUUGUGAUUUGCCUUUCAGAGAGUUAUAAUUCCAAGCAACACUUAGCAAACCACAGUGCCCAGAAUUCUUUGAAGGGGAAAAUGUGCUUUAAAGGUCUAGGGUGCAUGCAGCCCUUAUGCAAUGGACAAGUGUAAAUCAUUAUGAAAUGGUUCUCUUCUAGUUUGUCAUGAAGCUCACAACUGCCAAGCAACAGGACCACUUCUUCCAAGCCUCUCAUCUCGAGGACAGAGAUGUCUGGGUGAAAGACAUCAAGAAGGCCAUUAAGUGCAUCGCGGGAGGGCAACGGUUUUCUAGGAAAUCCACCAGGAAGUCUAUUAAGCUUCCAAGCACCAUCAACCUGGGGUUCGUUAAAAUAGACUUCUUCAAAUAUUAAUUUAAAAGGCAGGAACAUAUUCUCUUGUUUACUUAGGGGCUAAUUACACAUAUGGGACGCGGGUGGCACUGUGGGUUAAACAACAGAGCCUAGGACUUGCCGAUCAGAAGGUCGGCAGUUCGAAUCCCCGCGACGGGGUGAGCCCCCAUUGCUCGGUCCCUGCUCCUGCCAACCUAGCAGUUCGAAAGCACGUCAAAGUGCAAGUAGAUAAAUAGGUACCGCUCUGGCGGGAAGGUAAACGGCGUUUCCGUGCGCUGCUCUGGUUCGCCAGAAGCGGCUUAGUCAUGCUGGCCACAUGACCCAGAAGCUGUACGCCGACUCCCUCAGCCAAUAAGGCGAGAUGAGCGCCGCAACCCCAGAGUCGGUCACGACUGGACUUAAUGGUCAGGGGUCCCUUUACCUUUAAUUACACAUAAAUGUGAUACUAUGGUUUCAAAAAAGAAAAGAAAAGCAGCCUUGAGAGAUGGAAAUUUGGGCUGGAGAAGUGAUGGGGAGGUAGAGGAGUGUGUUAUCCUUUCCCCAGCUCUCUCCCCCGCCCCCUCAGUCGCAUAUCCCAGUUGUUUAUCCUCCAAUGGAGCCUGGAAAAAAUACAUAUUAAAAUUGUGAGUAGAGAAAGGAUUAAACACACACACACACACACACACAUCCUCUUCUCCAAAUUCCCAUCUCUCAAAGCUGCUUUUUAUUUAUUUAAAGGAUAUAUGUGUGUGGAGCUAUUUUAACGGCAUUCACGCUUGGGUUGUAGUAAUCUGGUUUUAUUGAGUCAUCAUUUCUUUGCUUUCCUGUGACAGUAGCUGUUGGGCAGAUACGUAGGCACCAGGCAUUGUCAUAAAGCGAAGCUUUGUUUCCCCUAUUCCCAAAACGCACAAGAAACUCAGAACCUGGCUAGAACAAAGCACUGAGAUUACAAAAGUUAAAAAUAUUAAUUGACAAAAGAGGAAGUUGACUUUUUUUGUUUGUUUCCAAGUCCACUUGCAAUUUGACUUUCACUUAGAUUCAGUUAGGGGUAGGAACAUAAAGAGCUCUGGUGGCUCAGUCCAAGAGCCUAUAUAUAGCCCAGCAUCCUGUUCUUACAGUGGCCAAGCAGAUAUGUGUUGAAAACCCACAAGCAGGACAUGAGUAGACCAACACUCUUCCCCACUUGUGGUUCUCAGCAGCUGGCAGUUAGAGCCAUCCUGCCUCUGAAAGGGGAAAUAGGUGCUAUGAAUUUGUCUAACAUCCUUGUAAAGCCAUCCAAGUUGGUGGCCAUCACAACAUUCUGUAGAAGCAGAAAGUCCAAUCUUUGAGGGAAGCAGAUUUAUUGUGCAAGAGCUCCAAAUCAACCUAAAUUGUGCAACCUGAAUUUGCUGGAAUGUGAUUGAAUCCCACCUGAAAACAGGGAACAGCCUGGAAGCAGCCUGUGUUUAGACUUAUGUCUGUAUGAUUAUCACAACUGUGUUGUUGUUGUUUAGUCGUUUAGUCAUGCACGACUCUUCAUGACCCCCAUGGACCAGAGCACACCAGGCACUCCUGUCUUCCACUGCCUCCCGCACUUUGGUCAAACUCAUGCUGGUAGCUUCGAGAACACUGUCCAACCAUCUCGUCCUCUGUCGUCCCCUUCUUGUGCCCUCCAUCUUUCCCAACAUCAGGCUCUUUUCCAGGGAGUCUUCUCUUCUCAUGAGGUGGCCAAAGUAUUGGAGUCUCAGCUUCAGGAUCUGUCCUUCCAGUGAGCACUCAGGGCUGAUUUCCUUCAGAAUGGAUAGGUUUGAUCUUCUUGCAGUCCAUGGGACUUUCAAGAGUCUCCUCCAGCACCAUAAUUCAAAAGCAUCAAUUCUUCGGCGACCAGCCUUCUUUAUGGUCCAGCUCUCACUUCCAUACAUCACUACUGGGAAAACCAUAGCUUUAAAUAUACGGACCUUUGUCGGCAAGGUGAUGUCUCUGCUUUUUAAGAUGCUGUCUAGGUUUGUCAUUGCUUUCCUCCCAGGAAGCAUGGACAAAAGCUUUCAUAGAAAGGCCACUUAUUAGUUGUCUAAGUUAUAAAAGCAUGAGGUGAGCCUCCUUAAAGGAUGUAGGCUUUUCCUAUGCCUGUCUAAGGCAGGGGUAGGCAACCUAAGGCCCAUGAGCCACAAACAGCCCACGGGGGUCAUUUAACCGGCCCACGAGCCACCUGCUCAGUGAGUCCCCCUCUGCUAUGCUAAACCGGCACAGUGUGGCGCUGGGACUCGCUUCUGUGGCGCUGGAAAUCACGUCUGCGCAUGCACAGAUGCCGAAAAUCAUGUCUGCACAGAUGCAGAUGCCGGAAAUAACAUCUGCGCAGAUUCUGGAAAUCGCGGGCGCAUGCUCAUGCGCACACAGUCCAGCCCACGGAGAGAUCUCCGCCAGAGUGAACUGACCCAGGUGAGGGAAACCUUGCUGACCACCCCUGGCCUAAAGCAUCUUUCCCCCUGUCUGCUACAUUGUCAAGUGGCUCUGGUAAUUGCCUUGUAAAUAUGCUUUGUACUGCUGGCUGGGUGAGUGGUGAAGCAAGCCCAUCGCCACUUCAGAAGAAGAAGAAGAAGAAGAAGAAGAAGAGUUUGGAUUUGAUAUCCCGCUUUAUCACUACCCGAAGGAGUCUCAAAGUGGCUCACAAUCUCCUUUUCCCUUCCUCCCCCACAACAAACACUCUGUGAGGUGAGUGGGGCUGAGAGACUUCAGAGAAGUGUGACUAGCCCAAGGUCACCCAGCAGCUGCAUGUGGAGGAGCGGGGAAGCGAACCCGGUUCCCUAGAUUACGAGUCUACCGCUCUUAACCACUACACCACACAUUGGACUCAAACCAUAUGCUUACGUGAUGAUUCGGGUUUGACCAAAUAAGGUAGAAGGAAAUGCCUUCUCGCCGGUCAGGCUAAUGGUCCAUUAACACGAUACCAGCUACCCUGACUGUCAAAAGCUCCCAGUCAGGUGUUGCUUUCUCAGCCCUAGAUGACAGAGUCUUCCUAUUACCCAGAAAAUACGUGCUCCACUAUGAGUUAUCUGCAGUCACUGGCGGAGGAAGGGGGCGCAGGGGGGGGCGGUCCGCCCCGGGUGUCAUCGCUGAGGGGGGGGGUGACAUCACCCCCACCCCCCUGGGACAGCAUGUGCCAGAGCAGCUAGCUCUGCCUCUGACGGCAGUGAGUGGCCUCAUGAAAAUGGUGCUUUUAAAACAGCCAUUUUGGAUGCCCCUACACAAUGUGCUCUUUUUUGGGUUGUUCAUCUGUAUAGAAGCUCCCCACAGAACACAUCUGAUUCUAUAAUUAGGGGGUCAUUAAGGAUUGGAGUUUGAAGAGUCCCUUUGAUGCAUUUGCAGAAGUAAUUUAAACCCCAAAGAGCCAAAUCGAACAUUGUUUCCUAAUUCUGCCUCACUUCUCUCACUGCACAGUGAACUGUAUCUCUCAAUGAAAGACCCCGACAAAGGGAUCCGAGAAAUGAAGCUGGAAAAGGACAAGAAAAUUUUCAACCACUGCUUUACAGGUAAAGAGCUCUUAUUUUUCCCUUUCAAAAAAUGCUCCGUUGAGUAAAACAGGUGCUAUAAAAUGGAGUCGCGACAGGAAGCAGUUUGACUGGAGGAAAAUGUCAGUUGCCAUUCCAAAAUAGUUGAACCUGCCAGUUCCUGAGAAAAAUGUCCUAUAGAUAUUGGACAGAAUGUGGUGGCAUUGAGAGGGAAAUUGUUUCUAGUAGACAGAAUAUGAAAACCGCAUGGUCAAGGCUUUCCGAUAAAGUGGGCUUGAGUUUUGAAAGCUAAUACCACAGCAAAUUUGUUAGUCUUUAAUAUAGACUGGACACAGCCCUAAAUACUUCAUAUAAUUUACCGUAUUUUUCACUCUAUAGGACGCACCAGACCAUAAGACGCACCUAGUUUUUGGAGGAGGAAAACAAGAAAAAAAAUAUUCUGAAUCUCAGAAGCCAGAACAGCAAGAGGGAUCGCUGCACAGUGAAAGCAGCGAUCCCUCUUUCUGUUCUGGCUUCUGUGAUAGCUGCACAGCCUGCAUUCGCUCCAUAAGACGCACACACAUUCCCCCUUACUUUUUAGGAGGGAAAAAGUGAGUCUUAUAGAGCAAAAAAUAUGGUACAUAUUCACUGGCAACUGGAAUAUUUGGCAGAGCCUGGCUCAAGCCAAGCCCAGAUAUAGUCACCGCUGGCUUCAUAUUUCCAAACUGUAAUUGCAAUUUGAAUUUAAUUGAGAACACGUCUCUUUGAUAUGCUUAACUACUUGCAGUCUGCAGUACUUCAUUUUGUGCCUGUCUGCUCACACACUUUGGUUCAUUUCCUUGCCCUUAGGUAGUUGUGUAGUUGAUUGGCUCCUGUCAAACAACUCUAUCCGGAAUCGCCAAGAGGGUCAAAUGUUGGCAUCUGCCCUGUUGAACGAAGGUUAUUUUCAGCCUGCUGGAGAUAUAUCCAAGAGUGCACUUGAGGGCCUGUCAGAAACUUCCUUCCUUGACCACGAAGACGCCUAUUAUUAUUUUGUAAGUAGCAAUGCAUGACACUUCUUUGUGGGAUUGCUGGAGGUGGGGCAGCACGGGAACCCUAGAAAACAUAGCUUUUCAGACUGGCUGCAAUAUGAGGGUCUCAUCUAACGCAGUCUUUGUGGGUAGGUGUAUACUGUAUAUAUGUGCAUGUGUGUUGAAAUAUAUGUCCAUGUAUAUUUCCUGGUGGGACGCGGGUGGCGCUGUGGGUUAAACCACAGAGCCUAGGACUUGCCGAUCAGAAGGUCGGCGGUUUCAAUCCCCACUACGGGGUGAGCUCCUGUUGCUCGGUCCCUGCUCCUGCCAAUCUAGCAGUUCGAAAGCAUGUCAAAGUGCAAGUAGAUAAAUAGGUACCACUCCAGCGGGAAGGUAAAUGGUGUUUCCGUGCACUGCUCUGGUAUGCCAGAAGCAGCUUCGUCAUGCUGGCCACAUGACCCGGAAGCUGUACGCCGGCUCCCUCAGCCAAUAAAGCAAGAUGAGCACCUCAACCCCAGAGUCGGCCACAACUGGACCUAAUGGUUAGGGGUCCCUUUACCUUUACCUUUAUAUUUCCUGGUACUACACUUGGACUCCCCAUUGACUUUUUUCACAGGGCGUAUACUCCACAUUGCUUAAUACAGUUUAAACACCUUUCACUACUGCAGUUGGUGAGAUCAGAGCUGAAAGGUGGUCUAUUAGGUGCAAACAUCUUCAAAUAUUGAUGCUAGCUGACUGGCCCCCAAAGUUUCAUGAUUCAUCUAAUUUUACCUUCAACCAGAAUCCUUCCUUCUGUUUUUAAAGUGGAUGUGUUAGUUAUGCAGUAACAAGGAUUGACUUUUGACUGUUACAGGAUUGCAGCAUUGGUUUGGUUUUUCCCCCAGCUGCCACAAUUUUUUUAAUACAAUGUCUUGGAUACUUAUAUUUAAAUCUCUGCUUCCCAGCCUUUAAUUUAUUGCAAAGCACUUGGGAGGAAGAAUGAUUUGGCAUCCCUCUGCUUCAGCAGAAGCAAGCCAGCGUUCCUUCGAAAACUAGUGACUGUGAAUCACUGAAGUGCAAGAGCUGGCCUCAGUUAGCUGUCAUUUCAGAGGAAGCUGCCUUGUCUUCUUCUGUAAAUGUAUUCUAUUGACAUCUUUGUGGGUAUUUUCCUAUCCUAAGAGGGUUAAUUGUAAAUAUAUGACUCCAACCAUUUCCACAGGCCUUCUGGAAAUACAGGGUUGAAUUCAGUUCUACUGAAGUUCUACUCAGGGUAAACCCAUUGAGGUUGAUGGGCUGAAGUUAGUCAUGUCCAUUUAUUUGAAGGGUUCUAUCCUGAGUAUAACUAAUAUUGGAUAUAAUGAGUGGGAAUCAACAGAGUUGCUGCAUGCGAAGAAUGUGGUCUGCUCAUGCAAUGGGCCUCCCCAGUGUCAGGGACUGGCUGGAUCAGGAGGAGUGGUGGAGGCUGCCAGCCCAAGAGGAUGGCAACUUAGAGUAAGGUUACCAGAUUUUUCUCAUAUAAUCCAGGGAUACUUUUUUUUUAAAGAGAGGAAAAAAGUUAUUAUUAUUUUUUUAAAAAAGAAGUAAUAUCCUUCCUCUGGGCCCCGGUCUGCUCCUUUGGAGCACUAGCUGCCAUGGAGUAGGCUCAGGUCGGGCUUGGGCUCGGCCGCGUGUCCUUGCCCUCCCAGUGCUCUCCUACCUCUCCUCCUAAGCGGUGGCGGUGGCGGCGGCGGUGGCGGCGGUGGCAGUGGCAUGGCAAGGUCAGGGCUCCCUUCUUUUUUCUCCUUCCUCUUUCUCUCUCUUCCUUCUCCUUCUCCUCUCCUCCUCCUCCCUGCAUCGGCUCCAGGGUUUUCCUGGCGCCGGAGGGCUGCUGGGCAGUCAGCCAGGUAGCCGGGCGCUCUCGCUCCCAGCUCAAUUUGGGUCACACAGGGAGGGGGUGUCUGUGGUUCCCCCUUGGCAGCGGCAGUCUCAGCAGCCUGGAGCCAGCCUGGUAGCGCAGUUGGCUCUUGCUGGCUUCAGGAGCUGCUCGCUGCCGUGGCGCCCUCCAUUUUGCCUCGCCGGAAGUCCCCAUAUGUAUGAUGUGUCUUGUGCCGUUGAACCAAUCACACAACAUUCAUUCCCUACCAAUAAAUCUACAACACUUAAAAUAUAAAUCCGGGGACAUUAAAUGAAAUCCGGGGACAUUCCGGGGACGGAUUUUGUCCGGGGAGAGAUUUGUAAAUCUGGGGACUGUCCCUGGGAAACAGGGACAUCUGGUAACCAUAACGUAGAGCCCAGAGCCUGGGGGGGAGGGGGAUUGAGGAGCAGUCAGCAGAAGGGAUGAGCUGGAACUGAUAGAAGCAGGAGACCUGAACAGUCAAGGGUGUAGAGACAGUCCCAGUCCUACAGACUCUCUUCCCCCUCUGACUCCUCGCUCCAGGAGGGUCCUAUGCCAGACAGGCCCAGAGGAGGAGCUCACCCCCUCGACACAGCCUUCGUCUGCUUGGGAGGAACCCAGAGUGAGAGGAUAGAGGAGAGCGGCAUACCUAGGGUUUAGUUUCAGCAAUGCCUUCAUUGAGUUAAGAUGAAACAGGGACAUUGAUGUAUUGUUGGUACGCUGUUGUUUUGCUAAUAAGAAGCUAAUUUCAUUCCGUGCCUUCUGUAUAUGUGUCUACCCUGUGGAUGACCUGGUUCCUUGACAGCUCCUUGACACCCAUCCUCUCCUCCCCCCCACUCUCUAAUCUGCUCUGGAAAGUAAGGGGAGCCCUCAGAACAGGUUGGGUGUGUGUGCGUGAAUGGGGGCAAGAAAGAGGGGAAAGUCCCAUUGCAUGAGUAGACCUCAUUCCCCAUGUGCACACUCUACUUAGGACUACAAUGAAUUCUAUAAAACCAGACCUUCGAUUUGGUACAUCCAUCCUAGUGAGUUUGAGGUUCUACUUUUAUCACUAAAUGGAGCUUGUGGGGGUGGAAGUGGGAAUGAACCUUCUCUUUCCCCUCUUACUUCCCCCUGUUCCACUGCUCGAAGACUUUUGGUAUUGGAGUUUGUGGUGUGGAUUUAAGCAAUGAAGCGUGGGAAGAUAAGGAGUAGGUACAUUGUACUCCAUCCCCUGUGUGCUUCACUUCAUGACAAAAGUGCUUUAUAACCAGUGCACAACUGUUUGUUGUUGUUUAGUCAUUUAGUCGUGUCCGACUCUUCGUGACCCCAUGGACCAGAGCAUGCCAGGCACUCCUGUCUUCCACUGCCUCCCGCACUUUGGUCAAACUCAUGCUGGUAGCUUCAAGAACACUGUCCAACCAUCUCGUCCUCUGUCGUCCCCUUCUCCUGGCACCCUCCAUCUUUCCCAACAUCAGGGUCUUUUCCAGGGAGUCGUCUCCUCUCAUGAGGUGGCCAAAGUAUUGGAGUCUCAGCUUCAGGAUCUGUCCUUCCAGUGAGCACUCAGGGCUGAUUUCCUUCAGAAUGGAUAAGUUUGAUCUUCUUGCAGUCCAUGGGACUCUCAAGAGUCUCCUCCAGCACCAUAAUUCAAAAGCAUCAAUUCUUCAGCGAUCAGCCUUCUUUAUGGUCCAGCUCUCACUUCCACAACUAGUUUGGCCUUCAGACAGGCCUUCUCAGUCUUCUGUAUGCAUGAUUAUCUAGAUUGCCAACUUCAUUCGCUGAUGCUCUCUAAGGGAAUGCUAGUUGCAUAGCUGUUGGCAAGGUCCCAUAUAAACAGUCCUGAGAUUCUACAACUCUAGUUGGCAACUUUUUUAAGAAAGAAAAACAAACACACGCCAUAUUUUGUUGCUGAACAAUUUUGGUUGUGCCAUCUGACUCACUCCUCCAUGACAAGGGCUUCCUUAAAUUAGGUACUCUAAAUUUCUUUUUCAUAGAAUGCAGAUGAAGAGAAGAGUUAUUUAACCCUCCCUUGACCCCACCCCACCCUGCUCCAGUGUGACCAGGGAGAGGAAGAAAGAGUACUCUCCAUAUUCUGCAUUUCAGUUGCUCAAUCCAUUUCGCUCGGAUAUUGACUUGUAUGCACAAGAAAGCAAGGCGAGAACUUUCUCUGAGCCUCUACUGAUCACAUCGGAGAGGAAGUAACUUAAAAUGCUGUUUGCCACAAAGGAAAAAGGAAUUUGGUGCAUACCGUAUUUUUCGCCCCAUAGGGCGCACCGGCCCAUAGGACACACCUAGUUUUUUUGGGGGGGAAUAAAGAAAAAAAAUUAUUUCCCCCCCCCAGGCACGGGGCUGGGGCAGGGGAAGUCCAAGCUUCCCCCGACCCCAGCCCCCAGAACAGGCAGCUCUCUGCAAGCCUUGGGAGACCGGCGCGACUUCCCGCCGGGCUCCCACACCUUGUGGAUAUCUGCCUGAAGCCCAAACCAGGUCGGGGAACAGCGGGAUGGCGGUGCUCCGCCUCCCCGCUGUCCCCUGAGCUUGUGGGGCUGGCGGUGGGGAGACCCGCAUUUCUCCCCACCGCCAGCCUCCAAACCAGGUUGGGGAACCGAAGCCUGGGGCGCGCUGUGCAGCGCGCCCCAGGCUUCGAGAUGCAGGCUGCUAUCCACAAGCCUAGGGAGCCCGAUGGGAACUCCCACGGGCUCCCAAGGCUUGCGGAGAGCUUCCUGAAGCCUGGAGAGCAAGAGGAGUCGGUGCGAAAGCCUGCAUUCGCCCCAUAGGACGCACACACAUUUCCCCUUCAUUUUUGGAGGGGAAAAAGUGCGUCCUAUAGGGCGAAAAAUACGGCACUUCCUAUAUACAUGCUUUGUUCAUCAUGCAUGUAUUCACUACAAUGCAUAAAUCUUAGCCUGUAGUCCAGGUAAAAGAAUGACAAGUGGGAUCCCAAUUCUGGGAUAGGGGAGAGAUUGAGCUCACAGCCUAUUUGUUUGGAAGCUUUGGAAAGUUCAGCAGAUGCUGACAUUAUUUGCUGUCUUAUUUAGAAAUAUUUUUAACCUUCAUUGCAAAGCAAUGAAUCUAGAGUAACACAUCAAACUUGAAAGAUACUCGGAGUCGAGUGUGGAUUUCAUGCUCUUUAUUCAGCUCAUAGUAGCGAGGAAUGAAGGUUCCCCCACAAUAUCUGUUUUAUAUACAUUAUUUGCACAAUGGGCCACAUGUGAUUGGCUGAUUCUGGGAUUCUCCUGUAGGCCAAUCAGGUUGCGGAUUCACUUCCACCUGGAGCUGGAUUGGUGGCUCCUGUGGACCAAUCAUACUGCUGCAUUGUUCUAGGACCAAUCAGACUGCUGCAUUCUGAAUCCUAUUGUUCUAGAACCAAUCAGACUGCUGCAUUUUGGAUCCUAUUCACUCAGUACAUAUCAAAACUAUUUCAGGUGACGUUAGCAACAUGGUCUUGUUCUUUCCUUAAAACAGGCAGACAGUGGAUUCUUCAGUGAAGGGAAUUCCAGUGAUGAUGAUGGGAUCUUCAAGGAAGAAUUCAGAGGUGCAGUGGUCAAACAGGGAUGUUUACUGAAACAGGUUGGUAUAGACCUUGUUUGCUGUGAUGGCUCAGAAAAGCAGUCAAUAUAGUACAGAAAUAUAAACCUUCUUAGGGAAACUGCCUAUGCUGAAACCUCUCUUGACUCUCAUAGCUGUGCUGUGUUGCUCAGUGGCCAUCAGCAGGUGAAACAGGGCAUCCUUCAAAUCCCCCGGGGGGUGUGUGUGUCACAAUUGAUCUGGUUUUGCCCAAUUCCAACAGAAUUGCAACACUGCCGUCACGCACGGGGCAUAUGAAGACUUUAUAACCAUGUGACUCACUGAGCUUGUCACUUGCUUCAUGCAAUCCUAAGAAGAAAUUGCAGCACUGAGAGGAAAUGAUUCCAGACUGAAUCCACAGUAGAACUUUGGCCGUCAAUUUUGAGGCACUUUCAGGAAUAUAACUGGCACAGUAUACAAAAUGUGAAGGGGAAAUGAAUUCUAAAUGUUGUGUUUUCUUUCUAGUACUUUAGAGACAUUCUUCAGUCUGAAUUAUUUCAAGAGAUACUGAGUUUUAUAAGGAAGCAAAAGUACCACUUUUUUAAAAGGGUGUGUAUUUGGAGUUACCCAAGCGAACACUUUUAAGAGGCUUUUUGGAUGUAAGCAUUGGUGCAAGAAAAGCUUGCAUUAUAGCUAGUUUGAGGCUGAACAAUAUAUCGCCUAAGGUCUACAACUGACCUGUAGAAGCUGUUGCCACAGAUCUUCAUUCCUUCUUGGGAAUAAUACUCAUUAUAGUCUGUGCUCUAGACCAGGGGGUCCCAAUCUGUGGUCUAUAGACCAGUGGUCUGUGAGGUUUAUUCAGGUGGUCCACAGCAUGUUCACAUUAAAUUGACAUAUUUAUUUUUUAUUGCUUCUUUAAUUUCUUAUAUUGUACUUUACUGGAUUGCAAAUUGAAUUCUGUGGAAGGCAAAUAAAAUAUAAGAAAUAAAGGAAGCAAUGAAAACAGUAAGAAAUCAUACAGCAUCUAGCAUAUCGCAUUGCAAUUGCUAAAACAGGCAGAAAGAAUCAUUAAGUGGUGAUUAGCAAUUUUCAAAUGGUUCAUGGGGAAAAUAGUUUAGAGCAGUAAUUGCCAAACUAUAACGGCUAUUUCCCACCCAAGAAAGAACCAGCAACCUUCUGAAAAUGAAGAUACUGUAUGUGGCAAUUGGUUUUAGAGGUCAAUUUUAAUUGCAUUGGGAAUUCUAUAGAAGGGUGACAUAUACAUCCCUAAAAUAAAAUGAAAUAAAAUAACUUUUAGGGUCUUGAUUGUGCUGAGGCAGCAAAAGCAGUAGAACUCCAGAAAAACCCAUGGAUACUCUGCUUCUGACAUUCCUGGGAUGCAGCCAGGGGAUUUUUUGAGCAGAAACGUACCUUUUUAAAAUCAAAUAAUUGUUUUUUUGGCCAGGGGAGAGGGGAGCUGGAACAGAUAUACACCCAAUGCCUGAGCCAAAAAUCCACCUAUAUCUGUAAUCAAUAAAGUUGUGGCCAUUUCUAAUCCAGAUCCCUGUCUGCUUGAGUUUAUGAAUAAUAUCUUACAUUUAGCCACUGCCCGGGGGGAGGGGGAGAGGUGUUGCAAUGUGACUGGAUCUGCAAUAAACAAAAAAACCCCAAACUUACUUCUUCGUGAAUUUCCCCAACUUUCUCCCCCAGAAGAAAGCGCUGUGUGCAGCUAUCACAACAUUCUCGCUUAGCUACCACAGUGUUCUUCACUUCUGUUUUUGGGAUUUGUUAUUGCAGUGCAGAAAAUGAAAGUCAUACAUUCAUUACAUUUAUUUAGGGGCACCGGAGGAAAAACUGGAAAGUACGAAAGUUUGUCCUGAGAGAAGACCCUGCCUACAUGCAUUACUAUGAUCCUGCAGGGGUAAGCCCAUUUUCUGUGGUUUUGCUGGACAUUUGAUAUGAAACCCGCCUUCAGAAUCAUUGGUUUGAAUGGCAGGGUUGUUUAUGUGAAUUGUGUUCAGUUGCUGGGACCUCUCCUCUUGAUGAAAAAAAAGUAUCUUCAUUUUUAAAAAUAUCUAUUUAUUUUAUUGAACAAGAAAAACCUUAAAAUACAUUCCAUACCGACAUACAUUCCAUACAUUCCAUAAAUUAUAAAGUUUAUAAAGAAUUGAAAUAGAAGGGGGGGGGAGAAAAGAAGAAAAAGAAAAAAGGAAUUAAAAGAAAUAAAAGUAUAAGUAGAAAAAGGCUAUACUUUUAUCUGAAGUACACAUCAGCAAAAGAAAAGAAACUUCCAACUAAACCCAUUGUACUAUUUGACCUUUAAGCUAUUAUUUACACAGUUUCCUAAAGUUGUUUCUCUUCAUCUGAAAUCUGACGUUUUCCAACAAUUACUUUAUAUUACAUGGCUCAUUCAAUAUCUGUCAGGAAGUUUUCAUUGUCACAGUACCCUUUGAGAUAUUCCUUAAUUACUAUCCAUUCCUUAUUAACUUCUUGUGUUGAGUUUCCUCUCACUGUUCCUGUUCUCCUUGCUAAUUGUAAGUAUUCUAUCAAUUUGGCUUGCCACUCAAUCUUUGAAGGGAUAAUUUCGCUUUUCCAAUUUCUUGCUAUUAGAAUCCUUGCUGCUGUAUCUUCAGGGCUGUAUAUUCUAAUAUAUUUUAUCAACUUAUUUAUAGGCCACCUUUCAGGGCAUAACCCCACGCAAGGAAGCUUAUAUGUAAUAAAAACGCAAUACAAUGCAAAGUGAAACAAAAUCUGAAUGGCAGUAGUACAAUCGUUAUUUAAAACAUGGACUGGUUAAAAUAGGGUUGCCAAAAGUUAAAAUCCAGACAAAGUUGUUGAGGUGUUUUUUUAGCGGGGGAGGGAUUAGGUCAAAAUUGUUGACUUCUUUUUGGGAACAUCUCCACACAAAAAGGAAGACGUUUGGGGGCUUUUUUGGAAUUUUUUAGGGAUUAAUUUUUGAAAAAUGACACCCCUCCCCACCAUACGUCUCGGUUUCCCAGACAUUUUGCAAAUUCGGCAAAAAUCCACCUGGACGCCAUUCUACUGGCUGAUUCGUGAACAUGUCCGAGAAAUUCCGGACAUAUGGCAGCUCUAAGUUAAAAUAACUGAAUAAAAUAACUGAAUAGAUUUAUGCAGCCAAAAAAGCUGUAUAAAACAGCUCUCUGGUUUAGCCACAUUUAAUAAACACCUAAAUAAAGGGGAAGUAUCCCAAUUUUUUGGUUUGUGCAGUGAGUACAAAAUGCACCUAUUUCAGAAACGCUUUGUCAAAUGAGCUUCAGUCAGCAAAGUGGCUCCCAUCCCCCAACUUUUGCAACUUGUUCUGUUGCACAGUUUUUCUUCCAUCUGUUCUGACCCUUCUGCCAAUACACUGAGUUCUAACGUUAUGUGUCUGAGAGAGAGGGGGGGAAACCUUUUCAUUAUUUCCACAUGGUUCAUAAUGUCAGUAACUCCCAGUGAAACCUACUUUCCUUCACCUUUCUUCUACACUGAAGAACCCCGAUUUUCUGGUUUUACUCUUCGAUUGCCUAUAGCCCAUAGCUGUCAACGUUUCCCUUUUUUUACGGGAAAUUCCCUUAUUCCGAAUAGGAUUCCUCGCAAGUAAAGGGGAAAGUUGACAGCUAUGCUAUAUCCUGUGCCAACACGCACACACACACAGCCAUAGCCAUGUCCAUCUCAUUUCAAAAUGAGUUUUUAACCAAGAUAAGAGACUCAAGUUCUUCAUGAUUUCCUCCUAGAUCACACCAUGGCCUGCAUAAACACACACACUGAUGGCCGUAAUAAUUUCUGUCGUGUUGGUUUCAGCUGGAAGCGAAAAAUGGUUCCCAGAAUGAGUUUUUAGCCAAGCUAACGAUGGUUUGAUUUUGAAUCAUUUCAGGGGGAAGAGCCACUUGGAGCCAUUCACUUGAGGGGUUGUGUGGUGACAGCGGUUGAAGACGCACCAGAUGGUAAGCAGCAGCACAUAGAGACUGUCCCUCAUGUUGUGCAUGUUCAUGCUUCAUUCUAAGAAGUCUUUGUAAGACUUCUGGUGGUGCCCCUAGGCGGGUGCCUCAGACAUCUCUUUCUUUCUUUCUUUCUUUCUUUCUUUUUCCUUCCUUCCUUCCUUCCUUCCUUCCUUCCUUCCUUCCUUCCUUCCUUCCUUCCUGUAAGUCUCCAGUCCUCUCAGAAAGAAAGUUGUGAAGCAAAAUGUGCCUCCUGGUACUGAGGAAUGCUUGGUUUUAGAGAGGAACAGCAGUGUAUAGCUGACUUUCCAUCGUAUUUGUUAAGUUGUGGGUGAACAUAUCAGACGACACAGCGAUUCUUCAGACAGCUCUUGUUUAUUCACAGGCCAGAACAGGGCUGAGGGGUUCAGCCAACCUGCUUAUAUAGAGCUCAACUACAAAACAACAGUAGCAACUUUCUGUAACUAUCCAAUCACUGAACGUCACUUUCAAUUCCUUAUUUGCAUAUGCAGACCUGAGUGAAAACUAGCUACAGUAUCCCCCUGCUGGCCCAGGGUGAGAACUUCAGUACAUAACACCAUGCAUAAGAUUGUCAAGGGCAGGGCCGUCUUAACCAUAGGCGCCAGGGGUGCGGGGCAGCCAGGAUCUGAGGGGCACCAGGCCAAGAGUCCGGGGCCCGAGAAUUGGAGUCCGGGGAAGAGCCCGCACAUUGGUUGGAACGCCGCGGCGGGCUCUUCUGCUGUGGGCAGCUCUGCGCCGCGAGUUCGGGGGCGAGCAAGCCAGCGAGGUGCUGAGGUGGGCAGGCGGCUCCACCCUCCUGCGCGCCUGGGAUUGGCGUAGGGCUGUGGAGAGGCCCACCCAGCGCACGCUGCUUACACCACGAGGUGCCCAGCUUUGCUCAGUCGCCGACGCCUCAGGCUGGUUUGUUGCGCUGGGCUCUUUUUGUUUCCUGUUUUCUUUUCCUGAGCAGAGAAACACGUGGUCUCAGCACCCUAAAAAAAAGUCGACAACUCUGGGCAACCUGGAAGGGGGGCGCCAGGCGGAUCUUUGCAUGCACUCCGCGCCACAUAUACUUAAGACGGCCCUGGUCAAGGGGUGGUUGCCACUCUAGUUUUGUGUUAUGCCACAUCCCCUCUAUGGCAGCCAUUUUGUGAUGGGCAGCCCCAGCACGCUUUCAAAAUUCAAAAUGUCCCUGGUGGUCUAAAAAGGUUGGUGACCCCUGCUUCUUAACAUAUUCGAGGCCUGGAAGCAAAUGGCUCAAACACUCAGUUUUGCUGAUUCCCAAACUGGGGCAGUCACAUGAAAAAAAUCAGCAUCUCCCUCUUAAUAUGUCAAUUAGAUAGAAUUAUCUUUGAAUGUGAGCUGAAUUGAAUGUCUUUCCCCAUCCAUAUUUCCUUGUCAUGAAGGCAUUUUGAUCUGUUCAUUUAUGCUUAAAUCUGUCUGCAGGUAAAACCAACAUUGGCUAGAAUUUUCUUGUGAUUUAUUCUGUCUUUUCAGUAUCAGUAUUCAAUAUCCAUACAAUGCCUAAACAGAGCACGAGAGAGGCUUAGAAAAGGUUGGGAACAACGAUACCAUUUCUGACCAUUAGUGCUGGCGCAGGCUCAAGUUAGAGUCCCACCAUGCUGGGUCACUGGCUUAGCUAACCACGAUGCUGGCAGAUAUGACUCCCAAUUUCAAAUGAAAUGCAGGCUUAUAUAUGUAUGUAGAGUUGAUUUUCUACGUGGAAAUUGGAAGAUUUUCAAUUGUGUUUGCGAGAGUUGUGUGAAAAUGGAAGAGACCAUUGAGCCAGAAGAACUGAAACAGCUCCCAGACUCCUUUGCUCACAGUCUUCUUUUUCUCACAAUUAGGUAAGAAAAAUGAUGUCGGGGGCAACCUGUUUGAAAUCAUUACUGCAAAUGAGGUCCACUACAUCUUGCAAGCAGCCACCUCCACAGAACGUACAGAAUGGAUCAAGGCCGUUCAAGUGGUUUCCAGGACUGGAAAGUGAAAAACUAUAAACUCUAGCAAAAUACGAGUGCCUCUUGUUCAAAGGGUUUCUCCACACAACUGGCUAUCUGUAGCCUUGUUCUCGUUCACAGAUACCAGGGUGGUUAUAACCCUGAAACUUUUAUUUGACAAUAACCUGUCUUAGAAUUAGUACAGUAUUUCAUGGGCUUGUGUCCUGUUCGCUUUCUAUACCUUCCCAUUAUCCAAAACAGGAUCAUUUGGCCUUGUCACAAGAGUCUGUAAAGUUUUCUCAUGUACCACCAAGUAAAUAAGAUGCUACUUUAAGGCAGAUGCAUGACUAAGUGUUACGUAACCUUUAUGAUUUCUGCAUAUGGUAGUGGUUUGGGGGGAAUUGUUUGUAAAAUGAGUUUUGUAUUUUAACAAAUCCUAACCCUCUUCACAUAUAUGUGUAUCUGUAAGAAACCCCAACUGAAGUAAAUGGAGUUCUAUUUGCCCUAAGAGUAUUAAAACUACAGCUAAUAUCAUGG